CCCACUCUCUCUCUCUCCCCCGAUUAGAAUGUCUCCUCCUCUUCCUCUACCCCUUCUCUCUUCCAUGGCUCCCAUUCAUUGCUCUCCUGUCUCCUCCUUUCUGCUCCACUCCCUCCCUCUUUUCACUCCUCUCUGCUCCCCGCUGCCACCCAUUUCUCCGGGAUCAUCUGCCUCACUGAUCAGACUGCCAGGUAGGCAAUGCUUAGCCCACUCUCUCUCUCUCUGUCUGUCUGUUAUUCUAUUUUUCGUUCCUCUCCACCCCUUACUAUUUAGGGAGGUGGGCUUCACCUAUCUAGUCACCUUGACACUCUAUCCACGUAAUAUGGUGCUGACAUCAGCCUGAGCCCCCCUUUCUCCUGGUUAUCAGGCUGGUACCCCAACACCUAGGUAAGAGAGUAAUAGGGUAUUAUUGCAAUGAUAACUCUGGAGGCUACAAUUAGCAGAGUUAUUAAAAAGCAACGUGGACUACUCAAUGCUUUAACUAUGUGACCAACCAAAGAAUAGUGUGUGAGAUCAGUACUGUGUCCGUAUAUCUGUGGAUCUAUCUCUACUCUGUCUGUCUGUGGAUCUUUCUAUGUAUCUAUCUCUCUAUUUCUAUAGAUCUAUUAUGUAAGACAUGACGAGUUAAUAGUCAUCAGAUAACUGUAAUUUAAAGCUUUGAUGUGUAGGGACGGGAGACCCUUCUUUCUCAGUAAUUUGCUGAUGUUAUUAUUGAAGUUUGUUGAAUUUUGUUCAGAGGAGGUAUAAUUUACCCAGGGAUAUUAGUGUUUUGUUACUGAAAACGUGUAAUUGUGGAUUUUGGGGCUUGUAUGUUUUUAUGGUAAUGCACAGCUCGUCAAAUUGUUUAAUUAAUGUUCUGUUUUCUAUCUGUGCCCUAAAACAGAGGCAACCACAGGCACAUCAGCUGUUGUGGACUACAUAUCCCUUGAUGCUUUGCCAGCAUUAAGGCUUUAAGAGCAUUAUGGAAGAUGCAGUCCACAACAUCUCACGUACCAAAGAUCGUCUACCCUUGCCCUAAAGUAUUUAGUAAGUUUGCUUCAUGACAUUUCUUCCUGGUUUAUUCAACAGGUUUAGAAACAAAACAAUUCAGUAACCAAACUAACACAACUGCCAUCAUGAAAAGGUUGCAUCUUCUCUGUGAUAUGUUUAUUUUAUAUAUUUAUUACUUGUAAUGUAUUCAAUUUAUAUGUGUGUGUGUGUGUGUGUGUGUGUGUGUGUGUGUGUGUGUGUGUAUAUAUGUAUAUAUAUAUAUAUAUAUAUAUUAUAUAGUAUUUUUGUAAUAUUGUAACAAUGCAAUGUUUUGUGGACCUAGGACAUACUUGAAAACGAGAGGAAUCUCAAUGUAUCCAUCCUGGUAAAAUAUAUUUUUUAUAUAUAAAUAAAUAAAUAAAGAACAUUUUAGGUUAUAAGCAGGCACAUUUUCUGUUUACACUUGAUGCCAUUAAUGGAAUAUUCUAAUAAAGAGAACAUAAUAAUGAACUGUUUAUAUGCAGAUAUUGACUUUUUAAUUUAUUUAUUUUUUUACUUUUAGAAUAUGGGUUUGCUUUAAAAAACAAAAUUUAGUUAUUGCUGUACCGAGACAGACUCCUAGCUGCAGCUCAAUCUGCCAUCUGAACAAGACAUUAGGAUGAUGACUUUACAAUCAGAUGUUUCUCCUAGAGAAGCAUUGAGACACAUGGCCCAUGAAAGACAAUUGGCAAUUUGCAAUCUGCCAACGCUCUGUGUCUGACAGUCAGUCUUGGAGUUGAAAUUUGCAUAAUGUAAACAGUUUUCAUCUACAAGUCUGCAGGGACAGUAUCUGUGCACCAAAAUCAUUUCAUUAAGAUUAAGUGAUUUUGGUGCUUUGACUGUCUCUUUAAGCAUCUUCCUUAAAACCGUGAACAAAACAGUCUCUGUGUUUGGAGUAAUAUAAUUACUGUGAUCUAGAUCAAUGUGGGCGUUGGGUAUUCACUUUUAUUAUUCUUAGUUGCACCCUUUAAAUCCUUAAUGCAGAAGUGUAACUUUUUAGGAAGUGACAGUUCCUUGUUAACUCACCCCUUUGAUUAAAUUAUUAGGGUGGUUCGUGCUGCAGAUGUAAGAAAAAAAACAUACUCUGUGGCAAUUUCUUGUUAAGGACAACUUACUCACUUAUGAUGCUCCGAAAGCGAUCAUUGGUCAGAUUCCUGCUAGAAGCUGCUUUGCUAUGUUCACACAAUACAUAGGGGCAGAUUUAUCAAACUGGGUUAUAAACUGGUAUCAAACAGGGUUCUAAACUGGUUCAUGGAUUGCAGGAUAAAACUUACCAGGAAAGGUUAAAGGAUCUUAACAUGUAUAGCUUGGAGGAAAGACGAGACAGGGGGGAUAUGAUAGAAACUUUUAAAUACAUAAAGGGAAUCAACACAGUAAAGGAGACCAUAUUUAAAAGAAGAAAAACUACCGCAACAAGAGGACAUAGUCUUAAAUUAGAGGGGCAAAGGUUUAAAAAUAAUAUCAGGAAAUAUUACUUUACUGAGAGGGUAGUGGAUGCAUGGAAUAGCCUUCCAGCUGAAGUGGUAGAGGUUAAUAUAGUGAAGGAGUUUAAGCAUGCGUGGGAUAGACAUAAAGCUAUCUUAGAAAUAGGAGACUAAUUAAAGUAUUUUAGAAAAUUGGGCAGACUAGAUGGGCCGAAUAGUUCUUAUCUGCCGUCACAUUCUAUGUUAUAUACUAAAGUAAGAAUUCUAAGUGAAUUUCAAAUUUAAGUACAAAAUAGCCAAACUGGAAAAAUUCUCUAAGUCAGACAUGCUCUGUGGUGUGAAAAUGUAGGCGUCACCAGUGGAUUGAGUCUGCUGGUUUCUUAAGUUUCUAGACAAUUGCCCGAAAUUUAGCACUUCGUACCUCAUUUCAGAAAAGAGCACCUUGGUAAAUCUCCCCAACUGUGAAUACUCCCUGCUUUGUUUAUGUAACUAUUACAACUGUCAAGUUUGAGAAACAAGUGAAAUAUCACAGUUUACCUUGAAAUUUGCAUGUAAAUGUCACAAGCUUCGUGAGCAUACAAGAUUUUUUUAUUUUUUUUUGUAGGUUGUGGGUAUAUUUAAAGUUACUUCAUUUUGUUUUAAAAUACUACAACUUAUUUUUUUUUGUCAGCGGAUAAUGUAUUUGUAAUUAAUAAAUAAUUUAGAAAUUUAAUUUAUUUUUUUCUUGCCAGUUAGAAGAACACUCCAAAGUCGUAUUUAGGCUUUGCCUUUUUUAAUGCAUUGUUCAUACAUUCAGGCUUGAACUAACAGUCGCUAGGGAGAUGCAGUUUAGAGCCCAUUCCCAUGGAAUAAGCACAUCGAUCCUUAUACUAAAUAUAUAUAUUUUUGUUGAUUGUUUUAAUACUCCUCCCAUGCUUUUCCUAUAAACUUUUGUGCCGAAGGAAUGGAGAAAGGGAGCUUGCCGUCUCUAAAAUAAUUAAAUUAAAGGAAUACUAUAGGCACCUAGACCAAUUCAGCUCAUUGCCCUUAGUUCUACAAUGUAAAACAUUGAUAUUUUAGAGAAACUGCAAUGCUUUACAUUGCAGCACUAAAUUGACCUCUAGUGGGUGUCUACCAGACAGCCACUUGAGGCGCUUCUGGGAUCUAACUGACAAUGGAUGUCCACAUGCUCUGCAUGAGGACAUCCAGCGUCACUGAAAUCCCGAUAGGAAAGCAUUGACUCUGUGCUUUCCUUUGGGGAUGACCUAAUUCACUUGCCGCAUACGCAUUACUCUCUCUCACCCCCCCUCCCCUCCACCACCUCUGUCGGAGGAGGCAGAGUUCUGGCCCAGCACAGAGGGACAUAGUCGCUGGAAUCUGGUAAUUGACUAAGGGUUUUUAACCCUAAUUGGCCUGGGUUGUCCGUGAGAGAGGGUCUAGACAGAGUGAACUAUAAGGGACACUGUGGGCACCAUAGACAUUUGUCCUCACUGAAUUGGUUAUAGUGCCUGGAGUCCUCAGGUACUGUCUCUUCAUUCAAUGUUUAACCAUAGAUUUUCCUGACUGCCCACAGCUCACUCCCACAGAAGGUAUGUCUAAGACAGAGUUUACACACUUCCUUCUAGUUUUACCAAUUCAUACCAGCAAUAAAUGCUGAGAUAGGCCGAACGCAGUUAGAUGACACUGACAAUCACAGCCAUCCAUUGCUGCUCAGGCUAAUUCUUUCUCAUUAAAGGACCACUCUAGGCACCCAGACCACUUCAGCUUAAUGAAGUGGUCUGGGUGCCAAGUCCUUCUAGGGUUAACCCAUAUUUUUAUAAACAUAGCAGUUUCAGAGAAACUGCUAUGUUUAUUAAUGGGUUAAGCCUUCCCCCAAAGCCUCUAGUGGCUGUCUCAUUGACAGCCACUAGAGGCGCUUGCGUGCUUCUCACUGUGAUUUUCACAGUGAGAGCACGCCAGCGUCCAUAGGAAAGCAUUGUAAAUACUUUCCUAUGCGACCGGCUGAAUGCGCGCGUGCGCAUUCAGCCGACGGGGCGGAACGUAGGAGGAAAGAAGGAGGAGAGCUCUCCGCCCAGCGCUGGAAAAAGGUAAGUUUUAACCCCUUUUCCCCUUCCAGAGCCGGUCGGGAGUGGGACCCUGAGGGUGGGGGCACCCUCAGGGCACUAUAGUGCCAGGAAAACGAGUAUGUUUUCCUGGCACUAUAGUGGUCCUUUAACCAAUGCAGCACAGAUGGGGUGGGCUGCUGGGGACUCUUGUUUAGCAUUGACACAUUAAAAAUGGUUUAGCACUAAAUGGAAGAACAACGCUGGGGGACUGCAGAUACAAUAACCACAUCAGUGAAUUGAAGAAGUUACAGCGCUUACAGUGUCCCUUUAAUGGUGACUUUGUACACUGUGCUAUUGCUCUUGCUGUUUCUAUCUCUCGAACAGCCAGAUAUCCUCCUGUCAUCUUGUGGCAUAUAUUUUUUUUAUGCUGCACUAACUAUCCACCUCUUAGUCUGUCACAGCCUGCAUACCAGGAGCAAGCUUCUGCCUGCUAGUAUGAAGGAGAGGAGUGGACAAAUGAGUCCUGAGGAGAGAGGAUUCAGAAUUAGUGAUUAAUGAAAGACAGGAGAUGAGAGCUGUGGGGCUUGUAAGAUGGAUAGAAUAGGUUGUGAGAUGGAAGGAAUAGAUUGACAAAGGAUAUGUGUAGGUUUAAAAUGCUUCCAGCAGUGUUACAGCACCACCUACAUUAACUGCAAGACACCUGGGUAGUGUGUCUGAUUUCUUUUUCUUUUUUUUUUGUCCUUUCUGUCUCUAUGAUUCUAUAAUUAGGCCCAUCGUAAUCGUCUGCACCAGGCCCAUGAGGCUCCUAAUCCAGCACUGCAUAUAUUACACAAUUGUGUGCUAGCAUAAAAUAGAAAAAUAAGUAAGGAUCUAAUCUUUUCUUUUGGUUCUGUAUGAGCUCUCUAACUGUAAUCAGCCUUUGAUCCAAUCCCUGCAGCAGACGUGGAUGGGACAUUCCAACCAAUCAUGUUCCUCCUGUUACUUUCAUUGGGAUUAUGCACAUGUACACAGCGUGCACACUCAGCCCUUCCUUGUGUACUGUGUUUGCCUUGAUAGCUUCGCUUUAUGUUUAUGUAUGUGUUUUAUUACUAAAUAAUGGUACAAUUUGUUGAUUGUUUCAACAAUUAUUGGAUAAAGUCUCUGAAACGUUGGAACAAGAAUUCUACUUAGUUACUUAAUUGUCUGUAUAACCCUUGAUUUUUCUUGGCAGAAACACCUUAAAGUAUGUACAGCUGCUGAUAUGGGCUUCCCAUAAUUAGGCGUCGGGCCACUGGUCUCCUCCCAUGUUGGCCUUUUCCUUUUAUUGUCCCAUUGUGUAAAGCCUGUACUGGUCCUGUAUUUUAGUUUAUUUACUAUCUGAAAUUUAGCCUUUAUACCUAUGUCCCUUUCUGUUAAAGAGGAACUGUUACUUUUCUGAAAUUGAUACAAUUGAAUAAAACAUUGAAAAUCACUUAAAACGUAUUUUAUCCUGUUUCCAUGAGAUGCUCUGGGUUGUUUUUUUCUUGUAAAUGUUAUAUUAAAUAUUUAGCAAAUGACCCCAUAAUCCAGUGCAGACCAGACAAUGCCAGGACAAAUGUUGUUGUAAAUGUAUUGUUAAUGAAGAGGAGAAAUAGAAACAUUUCCCUAUACCGAUAACAGGUGCAAAGGACAGAGCUUAUAACAAUGGAUGACAGGGAGCUAAGAUGGAGGCAUCCAGUUGCAGGAUAAUGAGGUGUGGAUUUCUACAUUUCAUUUUAUUUUUCACAUCUCUCAAAUGCAUAUUUUUAAAUAUAGAGAUAACUAAACAUGUUAAAGAUCGUGGGAGUUUUAUAGUUCCACUUAAAAAAUAAAUAAAAACAAAAUACGGAUACGGCCAAAACUAGUCUGCAAAUAGCGUGUAUACUAUAAAAUUGUGUUUUGUGUUGUGCUGCAAUAUAAAGCCCACUACGUUUUACAUAAGGCUUGUUCAUCCUGCAAAAUAUCUGGAUUAUAACAAAUGCAUGUUUGCAAUUUUACAGCCUCGAGUGCCUCUUUAACUCUUUUAUUCCAGAAGUUUGGUCCUUAAGGGGUUAAAAUGUAAAUUCUUCAUGAAUGGUGCCUUUCAGGUGCCUAUUUUUAGUAUCAAUAAUGCGUUAUGAAGAAUGCCCAAACAAUUAAAAUAGAAAAAAAUUUAAUAUCUAAGGCGCAAGAAGCAGGGAAUUCAUACUUUUUUUUUGCAAUGACAGUCAAUAAAAUAUUACAAUGGAUAAUAUUUAAACAUAAGAAGAAAAUAAAGAAAAGAGUAAAAAGAAAACAAGACAAAAUGCAAUAAUGUGACCGGUGGUACGUAUACAUUGUACUGCAUGAAAAAAUUAAGUGUCUGCUCAAAUUCUUAUGUUCCAACGGUCAAAGUAAAUGGUCAGUAUUUGAGAAUAAAAUUCUUGAAUAUGCCAUGCCAUGUGUUAUUCUCAACCAAGCAGGUGUCAAGGUAGAUGGCAGAAAAGAGGUAGAAAGGAAUAGAGUAAGAUAAGGACAAGAAGUCAGUUCGUUGGAUAUACAGUAAGCAGUAUAGUAUAAGAAGAGCUGGAUAGUAUGUGGGGUGACUAUCCAGGGAAUCUCGGGAGAAGCAGAGGAGCUCUAAAUAACGCAUGGACUUGACCUCCUGACCCACCCACCGCCCUGUCUUCCCAUAUAACCAGUCAGCCAUGAGUCCCAAUAUUACGUCAGAUGUUUUCAUCGUGUCCCUUACCUGAGCUGUCAACAUAUCCUUUAAGAAGGCAUCUUUUAUUCACUGUACCACUGCCUCAGUAGCAGCCUAUGCUCCAUGAAUUAAGAAUAAGGGUCUGAUCUUAUCCCGUGAACCUGUCUCCAGCCAAAGUUUAUGGAAUAUGUAAUUCAGGCAUUUGCAUAGAAAGAAAAUUGGGGGGAGGGGGUCCUUUUUUAAUUUUAUUUAUAAAAAAAAAAGACUGUCCCCUUUUAAAGAGCAUGCAUUAAAUGGUGCAGUUCAGGAUAAGUGAUAUACUGUUAUUCGGAAGGUUAUACGGGAAGGCUAUACGUAGGGUGGAACCGUUUAUCGUAACCUAUUGCAAUAGCUACGUUUUGUAACGGUCCUUAUAGAGAAUAUAAUGGGGUUAUUUUAGCAUCAAAUACGUUUGCCCACAUUAAACAAUAGUAUCAACUGGAGCUGCCUGACAUUGAAUCGAAAUGAACUUUGGCCCCAACAUGCAUUAUGAAAGCCUUGUUAAGAAUUCCUUUCGUUUCUGUUUUUAAAUAAAAUCUUGGCAUUUUCUUCUAGUGCUAAAGAAAUUAUGUAGUAAAUACUUUUAUAUCUGCAGAAAAGGGAAAGGAAGCAUACAUGUCAGAUGAUUACCUUAUAUAUAGCCAUUAAAAAAGCAAUCAUAUUUUGUUUACUUUUUGUUCAAAGAAAAUGUAUGACAAUUUAUUUUGGUGCAGUUUACAGAGCUUUCCUCAUUUCCCUACUAGAGCAAAUUUAAAGCACAUUGAACUGCUUUUUUGAAAAUGUUCUUGUUCUUGCGGGGGAGAAAAGGUUUAUAUGUCAUAUAUUUCUACAGUAACUUAUUUUUAUCCUGUAACUAUUAGGCAGUGAUCAUUCUUAAAACCACAUAUCAUUAGAAAUAACUCAUGCAUACCUGGAAUAAUUUGAAAUCAAUUGCCUGUCUCUUCCUAAUCCCUGUGUGCAUAUCUAGCGAUUACUACGAAAAGGCUUUUAAUAGUUAUUACUGAAAACACGAGGGAGUUUAAUAAUUCAUUCUGCCCACUUUGUUUUCAAGCCUCAAAACGUCUAUCGAUUAUUUAUUUCGUUUACAGUUUUCCAAUACAUCUGCUCAGAUUACAGUGCUUCCUUUGCAUCAUUCAAUUCAUGCUGCAGUUUAACGUUUCUCCGUAGUAUUUCCACUUGUGGGAAAUGUAAAUUCAGUGAUGGAAAAUUCUCUACUUCCCAUGGAUGGAUGUGAGACUCACAAUCUAUUCUGUAAAUGAGAAUCAAUAAACCUAUCUGUGUAUUAAUUUGUAGCUGCUAACAAUGCCAUUAUUAAUCACCGACCAAAGAUAAUUAUUAGGCUUGUUUUACAUUAUUACAUUUUUAUUUUAUUUUGUAAUUAAGUGGACAUUUUGGGUUGAUUUCAGCACUCCAAGUUUUUGAAAAUAAAUCUUAAAAAGACAAAUGUGCAUGUUUAUUCACUAAAAUGAAAAUACAAUCUGAAUUUCACAUUUAAGGUCAAACUAGCGAAACUGGAAAAAUAUUCAAAAUUAGUCAUGCUUCCCGCUUUGCUAUUCUGGCCUUAUAUUUUAAAUUCACUUUGAAUUCUCACUUUAGUAAUUAACCCUGUUAGUAAUUGGUCUCUUUUGCAGGUCUUCACUAGGCUGGAGUGCUCCUUUAGAGAUAUGUGUUCUAUCCAGUAACCUAUCCUCAAUCUGUAUGAGCAAGCAGAUACCAUGUACAGGCCCUCACAAAAAAGGACAAAAUGUGUGUGUGUCAUGCAGAUACAUAUGCAUUGACUUAAAGGACAACUGUCACCCAAAUUUAUUUAUUUUUCUAUUCACUUGCAAAUAGGAAGUGAGUGAGAAUUAGCUAUUCCAGUGGUGUAAAUUGGUUCGGAUAAAUUCGGAAAACCGUGAUUUCUUCAUCCAAUCCAAUGUUACAGAUUUGGUCAGACCAACCGAAUUGUGACCGCAUAUGGCUUUCGUAAAUAUGAGAAUUACCAAUGCAGGUGGAAUUCGGACCAGGUAGACUACACAGGGCGAUGGCUGACAACAUCUCCGCUCUGUGCAGUUAGUAAAGCAGGAGACUUAGUCGGUUUUUACCUCAGUCUGACCAAAGGUGUAUGAAUAUGGCAGAGGGAUCUAGCUUUCUGUAAAAGAAGGGGCCAGAUUUUCAGGUAAUUUACAUGUCCGUACUCCCACAUCUGAUGCUCGCCUCCAAGCCUUCUCCAGGGCUGCACCUUUUCUGUGGAACUCCCUUUCCUUCUCUGUUAGACUUUCACCCAGUCUCCACUCCUUCAAAAAAUCUUUGAAAAUGCACUUCUUCAGGAAAGCAUGUAAUUUAAACUGUUAGCGUGUUCUCCUCCCCCCCCCCCAAGACUCCUCUUCUGCAACUGUCAAAAAUAACCAAAGUUCUCAUUGAAUACUUUUCUAGCAACCCAUUUCAUUACCCCUACUUAUACCUUUUGUGUCACUAUACCCCACUUCCUCUAGCAUGUAAGCAUAUUGAGCAGGGCCCUUAACCCCUCUGUUCCUGUGCGUCCAUUUGUCUGGUUACAAUUACGUGUCUGUUAGUCCACCCAUUGUACAGCACUAUGGAAUUUGCUGGCGCUAUAUAAAUAAUGAAAUAAUAAUAACAAUAUAGUUCAUUUUAAAAAUGGCAUAUCUUUUGACAUGCUUCAAGGAUUCUUAUAAUAAUAAUAAAAAAACUAUUCUGGUGACCGUUGUCCUUUAGAUGGUUGUUUGUAACAUUUUCACCAUACGUGUAUGAGAGCCUCAUCAAAUUAUAUGGGAGAAGUAACCUACCUGGCAAAACAAUGCAAAUGUCAGAGAUGCUUUAGGCAGUGAACAAUUUUGGAAGGUUGUGAUCAAAUGGAUAGCAGCUGCAGCUGGGUUCUGAACUAUAUCCCAUAAAGUUCUGGUGGUUAGAAUACUGAUUAGCAGAACCUAUACUUGAUCUGGGAGUCUUCUGUUGGUAACAGCCUCUCUUAGCAAAAGCAGUACAUUUAAAGAGAAGUAUCUUUCUUAAAAAUCACGUUUCUGCUUUUUUAAAGGACCACUAUAGUGCCCUGAGGGUGCCCCCACCCUCAGGGUCCCCCUCCCGCCCGGCUCUGGAAGGGGGAAAGGGGUAAAAAACGUACCUUUUUCCAGCGCUGGGCGGGGAGCUCUCUGCCUCCGAUCCUCCUUCUUCUUUCCUCCCCGUCGGCUGAAUGCGCACGCGUGGCAAGAGCUGCGCGCGCAUUCAGCCGGUCGCAUAGGAAAGCAUUAUCAAUGCUUUCCUAUGGACGCUGGCGUGCUCUCACUGUGAAAAUCACAGUGAGAAGCACGCAAGCGCCUCUAGCGGCUGUCAAUGAGACAGCCGCUAGAGGAAAUAGGGGAAGGCUUAACCCAUUCAUAAACAUAGCAGUUUCUUUGAAACUGCUAUGUUUAUAAAAAAAUGGGUUAACCCUAGCUGGACCAAGCACCCAGACCACUUCAUUAAGCUGAAGUGGUCUCAGUGCCUAGAGUGGUCCUUUAAUGAAUUAUUUAUAUAAUACAUAAAAAGGAGGUAGUAAAAACUCUUUGAUUUGGUUCAUAUUUGAUUUGCUUGUUUUAAUCUGUAAUGAUGAUUAGUGCCCCAUUUUAACUUGGCGGAGCCAGCUGCCUGACUGAUCAGACUCGUCCUGCGAGAGCUCCAGCUAAGCCACAAGCUAAAACUGCUAUUUCACCACUUUGGACCCACAAAACCUUCCCAAGAGAGAGCUGCGGUCUCCAGCUAGCAUGGGGGCAAGUCUAAGAAAUAUCAGACAGAUAAGCCCCUGACAACUGCCGAUAUCAGCGAUCUCUUAUGGAGGCCCCAAAGCUCCACGAGGCCUGUCAUGGCGCCUCUCUCAGAUGGAUUGUCUUGCUCGUCCAGUGAAACGUCCCUACCUGAUCAGAGGGAACUGGAGGUACAGACUAGAGGCAAGCAAGCUGUUCUACAGUCUGAUCGAAAAUCUGUGACACCCGUGACGGAAGGUACCCUGAAGGCCCUUCUAGACGAGUUAUGCUGAAAUAUCGCUGCUGACAUCUCUGCAUUUAAUGAAGAGAUCAGCAGAGUAAUGCCACGCCUACACAAAUCGGAGGUUACCACAGCAGGCCACAAGACACAGCUUACUGCCCUACAACAGGAACUCUCCACGUUACGGCGAGAACUUGCACAGACACUGUACCGCAUGACGGAAAUGGAGGACCGGAGGCGGUGUCAGAACAUAAAGGUGCAAGGCCUUCCCGACGAUAUCACCAAGGCUGAAAUACCUCACCUGUUCCGGAGGCUUCUAACACAACUAUUCUCUGCCAAAAAAGCAAAAUGACUCUGGACGGAUGCUACAGGCUCUCAGCUCCUGAGUGCACAGGGACGUCCUAAUCUGCAUCCAAAACGGCCCUGACAAGCAGGCGUUCAUGACCGCCUUUCGCAAUAAGUCACCCUACUCAUUUGAAGAACAUCAGCUGGCAUUCUUCCCAGAUCUAUCCAGAGCUACCCUGGACUGGAAAAGGACCCUGAGACCCUUAACUCUGGAACUUACAAAACACAAGGUGCCUUAUAGAUGGGGUGCGUCAAGGAGUCUUUUGAUCCCCCACGAAUCCCGGACAUUGAAAGUAUUGGAGGCUUCGGAUAUACCCAGCACCCUACAGAAAAUGGGUUUCCCGCUGCCGCAGAAGGACCGCCGCAUUUACAGCUCUGGACCCAUAGUCGUCUUCCUGGGAUCCCUCAAGGGAUUGUCCUUUUGUGCCUGCUACACUGAGGGGUAGCCCUGCAACUACCGCUGUUUCCUAAACUGCCGAAGACCACUUGCAGUAACUCUGUUAUGUUUAGUUUGUUUUAAUAUUUCUUUCUUCUUAAGUUACACAUAACACAUAACCUCACUGUAUCACUGCACCAAUACGCUAUCACCACAAUGACAGCCCAUUGGGAUGCGUCCCCCUACUCUAAAUACACCCACCGGCAUAGGGAUUAUUCCCCUUUAACCCCUCCACUCACGUUUUUUGUAACUGUGCCGUGAGUGCUAACCCCUAGCCAAACUACUGUAGCUUAAAUGCUUACAUUUUAAAACGGCACGAGGUACAUAGCCUAUGCUACCCCUUAAAUCCAAAUUCUACCCUACACCACUUCUCUAUAGUGAUAGUGGGCUCAGUCUUUGCUGUUCGAAUUUAUUUACUGUUAUUUUUAUUUACUCUCUUGACAUGUAAAACUCUUAAUCCAUUAGUCCAUAAUACUAUUCACAAUAAUGGCUUAUGUUGUGUAUUGUACCAUGUUAUUUUAACCAUGCUCCUGCUAGCAUGCAGCCAGCACUUUUGGUGGAUUAAGCACGCAGUAAGAAUUUAAAUAACAAAAAAUUGUGCACAUGUAAUAUACAGUUUGCCAUGCCACUGUUAUACCGUGUUAAUAAUUGCUUUGCAUGCAGCUGAUGUCGUGGCACUGCACGCAUGUUCUCACUUGCACUUUCAAAAUAAAGAUUGACAAAAAAAAAUACAAAAUAGAUUACAAGAUUACAAUAGGUUACUGGCUACAUUUAGUUUUGACAUUUUUUAUAUAUCCGCUUUUGUGAACCAAGAACAAUGUCACAAAGCAGUGUUUUGCAACUUCAGUUAUCUUGUAUUAGUUCAGUUUAUUUUUAGCAUUUUUGUUUAUGAAUGACCUUUCAGAAAGUAAUUUAGAGAAAUUAUAAAUGAAGCAUGCUUGCCCAGCUGCAGUUUGUACUCUUAUUUUCACUCAUUCUAAAAAUAUUUGGGGUUUGUCUGACUACAGAGGAGUUGUUCUCAGUAAAGAGUCAAUGCAUAUUUGCACUUUAACUCAUUAGGUACCAAUAUAUUUAAGAAAAAGUUCAUUUUUAAGAUAUUCUGCUGUUUUCAAAGGGUUCUGCUACAUUCAUUCUCUUGGUUCCAGGGUCACAGUACACCGUCUACUAGCCAGCUAAAUAAAUCAAGGGCUAUGGUCUUGCCCUUCUAUUUGUAGUUUAAUAGAUUUUUUUUUUUUUUUUUCAGGCCAGAGUUAACUUUUAUGCAUUUAUGGAGAUAAUGUAUUAAAUUAAAAGGGUGAUCCAGACAUGGACCUCGUGAUCACUGUACCAUCAGCCACACCUUAGUGUCAAAGCCUAAAGAAAGCUAAAAUGAUCAUCCAGGGUUUCUGUCUCAUGCAGAGAGAACUUGCCGGCAUUUCGGAUCUGCGCUGCCUUUGUGGGCCGGGUCAGUAUAAUAUUCAAAUGGCAUAGGUUCCCUCUGUAAUGGCACAAGUGAGCAGAAACCCUUUUGUGACCAGAGCAAGGACUAGCCGAAGUGCAAGCUACUGAGUUUUGGCCCUUUUGCAGAGUUCUCAUAGUCUCUGUUUUUGCUACAAUGUAUUAAAUAAAAAAAUAUAUCUAGAGUUUAUGUAGGGUUCAGGAAGUGACUGUGGGUCAUGGCUUUCAUGUAUGUGCUAUGCAUAUUACAUAAAUCCAUGUUAUUCAUAAAUAACUAGAUAUUAACUUAUAAUGAACUGCAUACAGGUACAGGGGAGAAUGUUGCUCCUUACCUAUACGUGGAGCAUAGAUUUGUGAAGUGCCAUUUAAAAUUUUCCUAGUUUUCACUAUUCUGAUGGAAGAGAGGCAUUAUUAUUGGAACAGGAUAAGUAAAGACUUGGGGGACUGCAAGAAGGGCAAAAUACAGAAUGGGGUAGAAAGAAAUGGCAGAAAAAAAGGUUGGGAGAUGUUUUACACCACCAACACAUUGUUAAAAUAGUGUCCCAGUUUUUACAUUCCUCAUCUUAUAGUAAAAACAGAUUUUUAAAAUUUUUUUUUUAAUUCUUUAUUUUUUCAUGCAUGGGUUAUACAUGUUACAGUUACACUAGCAAUGCCACAACAGCUAAUGCCAGGGUUUUCAUAAGCAUACAUAAACAGUUGUAUGGCAUGGAUAAACUAUGCACAUUUUUUAAUUUAAUAGGAGUAGACAGUAGUGUGGUGCAAGUCAUAGCGUGUAUGUAUGAGGCUGUAUAGGCUAUUCCUUGGACUAUGUUGAUAAAAAGUGUAGCAGACACUUAAUGAAUGAGUGUAUGCAUAUUUCUGAGUAGGCAGACGUUUCAUUACACUAGAUUAUUAGGUAGCUUGAAGACAAAAAUAAGAGAAAGUAUCAGUCAGAUGAGAAUACACUUUGGGAUUUUCCACCCCAGGUGGCCCCCGCGCCAGCUAGAUGAAAGUCCAUGGCUGUGUACCGUGAGAUCCGCCUGGAUAUGGUAGUAGAGAGGGACAGAAGCCUGGAACCUGCUGUAAUAGGUGUAGUCCAGGGGAAUGAGAGAGUGGUAGUCCCCAUGUUUUUGACUUGCGUGCCCGCCAUGGGCAGGGUACAGAUCCUUAUAGCCUUGCCGAUCUUCGGGUGCAGUACCAUAGCUGCAGGCAGACUGUCCCUGGAUGUCAGCCCCCGCGCGGUGGUUUGGAGGAUAUGGUAUGUAAGGCUAGGACGCUGGAGCGGUGUUCCCUUCUGUGGGUUGUACACCUGGGCAUGCUUGGUUGGAAAAUUGCAGGUGCCGACCUCCACUGGUUGCUUGUAAUGCUGUUUGCGUGGCGUGGUGUGCCUCUGGCUUCUCCGCCACAACCUUUUUUGUUGGUUUUUUUCAUUCUUUAUUUUUGCUUGAGUGGUAGACAGUGGUAUACAAAACAAUAUUUGACAUAUAUAAACAGUCAUGUAACAAAGGUAACAACGUUGACAUCAUUAGUAAAACAUUGGUGCCGGAGGGUAUCUUGCAGGUUUACAGUUAUUCAUUACCAUGGUAGAACAUGGGUAUAGUGUAACGGUGGGUACAAGCCUAUUGGGGCCAAGUCCAUGGAGGCUGCUAGUCAUGUAUUGUGGUCGGGGAACCCCUGUCUCGUCCAUGGUAUACCACCGGGAGUUUUUCAGGCCUGGGUUUCCAUCUGCUGGCAACGGGGUUCUUUAGUCACUAGUCUGAUGUCCGCCUCUCAAGUGUUUUAUCGGUCGGGUGAUUACCCGUCUGGAGAGAUUGUGUGAGGAGAGAAGAAAAGAAAGGGGGGGGGGAGGAAGAAGUGGUAGGGGUGGGGGAGUUGGGUUCAGCAUGGAACUAGGUUAGCCAGGAGAGCCGAGACCAGGGGCAGUGCCCAGACGUGUGUCCCCCCUCCGAGGCCGCCCAGGCAGCAACAUCGGUCACCUCAGGUCGCUCCCUCCAGGUAAGCCUCCCACGGCUCCCACACUUUCCUGAAAGUUUUUAGUGUACCCCGGACCUGGGCAGUCAGUUUGUCCAUUAAAUAUGUUUCUUUUAGUUUUAAAGUGACCUUGUUGACGGAUGGGUUGUGGAGCUUUGUUAUACACAUCAGACACACCAACAAUAAGAGGGACAUAGGGAUUUGCAUGCAAAAUAGGGACAGUCCUUCCUAAAUGGGGACUCUUGGGAGGUAUGUUAGAGUACCAUGCUUAUCUCAUGUAAGCAAAAAGCCCGGGUGCCAUUAAAUGCUGUUGAGGAAAGAAUUUGCAUGUCCAGACUCUCAGGUUUCAGGUAAAAAGUGCAAACAAAUUUGUUAAGAUGAUUCUUUCUUUCUUUCAAUUCACAUAGAAUAUUGAAGCAUUUGGUUUAUCUCUGACUGUAAUCUCUACAGUCUAAAAGUCUUUCAGUAUAAUAGUAAUAAUAAUGAUAUGCAUUUGAUAGAAGAGGCCAUCAAUUGAUCCCUUUUCACAGUGAAACAAACAUCGCUUCUUGAAGCAGUUAUGGCUAAUAACUUGUCUUCAGUUGAUUGGCUGAAGAUUUGUGCAUUUUACACUAUGUUAAAAAAACAUUUCUACAAUAUACAAAUUAUGUAUGUGUUUGUAUGUAAGGCAAAUUACUGUGCUGUUAAGAGUGUGUGUGUAUGUGUAUGUAUAUGCAUACAUUUAACAAUUUCCUUAAUUGUAUAAUAGUGUAUUUAUGGUUUCCAUAACAGUUGGUUUGUUUCCAUUACAGAUAUCUUUGCAUAUGUCGACAGUGAAUUAAUGCAUAAUUAUUCUCAUCAUCAGUGAUGUUCCUGAAGAAUUAAUGUAUACAUAGUUACGUAAUGGAUUUCUCAAUCCCUAACUGAGAACCUUCUUAGCAUUUACUUGAGUGUUCAGCAAAUAUAGCCUUUGUUUUUAACGGUCAAUGUCUGGAGCCAUCUGAUAGAAUUAAAACUAUAUUUUCCUGGAGGCAGACACCAAAAACUGCUAUUGAUUGAUGCUGGAGCCAACUGUUUGACUCAACCCUAAUCUUUUUAGAAAGGAUUCUACUCUUAUUAAUAAACUAAAGUAAAAUCAAGAAGAAAAAAUAAGAAAUAGACAUAUGGGCAGCAAGACAUUAAGCUUAUGCAACUAGUGCUUUCCUUUGGUUCUAAUGUUACAAUGUUAGCAAUAGAUAUUUAGUAUAGGCCAAAGUCUGAAGAAAUCUGAGUUACAUUGACUCUGCUGGAGAACACACUUUUUCAUCCUCCAUGAUUCCUGACAUAGUGUUGGUCCAGCACACAAAAACAAUUGAGGACUUGCCUGCCAAGGGGCUUGUCCUGCCCUAAAAUUAUAUUCAAGUCUGUUCAAGAGGUUGACCAAUAACUGAUUGGUAUCAGCUGUAAAGGAAUUCAUUUUGGUGUAAAGUCUUUUUUUAUGCCACUGGUGGAACUCCCUCUAACAUAUCAAACAAAAUGACUGUUUUUCGUUUUGAUGAUUAAGAAAUUCAGACGACUCCCCAAUCAGCCAAAAUUCAGACAAAUUGCAAUUUGGAAGAAAUCAAUUGCACAAGUCUAAUAGUCAGUAUAAUACUUAUGACUGGAGACCAGAUAAUGACAUGUAUUCCUCCUUGUCGUUUUUCUGUUUAGUACUAUAUACCGAUUUUCAUUACAAGAUAUUGAUGUUUUUUUUUUUUUGUUUAUUUGUAUCAUAUGCUAGACCAGGGGUAGGCAAACUACGGCACUAGUGCCAUGCACGGCACUCGAGGUGACUUUGUACGGCACUCAAGGCUGCUAGAGCCAAACAGGCUCUGUCCUAUCAGGAGUCCCAGUGAAACUUCAGAUAUCUGCUAAUACGAAGAGGUGGUGAAGAGACAAUCCUCAAUUUACGCAUUGCAGCACAAAGAGGAAGUGAUCUCAGAUCACUUCCCCCCAGCACUUGUGAAUGGGAAUCCACACUGUAGUAGACCAGCUUGCAGCUGCUGUUGCAGCUCCUAUACUUGAGCUAUACCUGGCCAGCCUGGUCCCCACUGGAACCCAGGGAAGCUACCCAUACUGCUAGAUAUACACAGAAAUAACCCUCCCCUCAUACAAAUAAUACAAACAGCCCAUACACAAACAUACACACAAUCCCAACAAACGCAACACCACUAACAAUCCACAUGCAUGCACACAACCCCGCAUGCAGCAUCUCACAUGCAAUACCCCAAACAGCCCCCACACACUACCAAACACACAAGGUGACAUUUCCAUCCACACACAAUUCCACAAGCAGCCCUCAUACACAGCCCACAUUUAUAGGUAUCAUACACGAUACCAUAAAGUACUAAGGAACAUAUACAAUAUAAUAACUCCUAUACGCACAAAUACAACGAUACAAAGCAAUUACAGUAAAAAUAACACAAGCAGAAUAUGGCAGCAUACACACCUCAAUUUAAAAAAAAUAGGAUCAGCACGCUAAGGGACAUCACAAUCCUAUAUCGGCACAGUGCUGCUAAAAGGUUGCCUACCCCUGUGCUAGACUGUGAGAUAUUUCACUUAUAGUCCAUUUAACCUUUUGACUUGGAAAGCUAGAAAAAACAAACACAUGACUGUGACCUCAGCUAGAGAACAAGACUUGUACAUUAUAAGCUAUUUACCAAAGGCUUGUGGAGUUAUUUGUGACCAUGUGAGGCAUUGUACAGUAUAAAUAUGCACGUUACAGCUUAGAAGACUUCUAUUGCAGGAACAAGUAACAAUUAUUUGCAUUAACUUCAUGUUGGAUUAUUUGAAAGAUAGAUAUAUAUGCAAAUCCAAAGAUCCAAAGUUCACGUAUGUGAUCUCCCUAAUCAAUGCCUCUCAUGUCCUGUGAGAUAAUAUUCUCAAUUAUCCCACUGUGCUAGAUUUCAGGGAAAUCAUAUUACAGGCCUUCCCUCCAAUUUGCAAUAAUUUCUGCUCCGUCUUCACAUGUACUAUUAAUUUUGACAAGAUGGUGUGAUCUACAACCACCAGAGCCAACACAGAUCCACAGGAUUGUCAUUGCUUUAUUUCUUACCUCCAACUUCAUCUACAUCUUGUGUGGACCUUAAUUUCAGAAUAUACAUCACCGUCAGAUUGCCAUUCUAGAUACCUGUAACACAGACUACCUACCUAAACUGCUUAAAAUGAAUAGUGGCUGUAUAAAAGCAGGUGGUAGAAAUAUGAUGGUAAAAAUAUUUUGUGUGAUCAGAUACUGUUUAUGCUGUCUUUUGUUAGAUGUUGAUAAAAUGUAUAUGACAAGUAAUGAAAUAAUUUCUUUCCACUCUGGUUAGAUGUGAGAAUACAUACCCUUUCUCUGCACCGAUCACAUGCACCACACCAUCUUCUUCUUCUCUGGCUCCUUUGCUGUUUUUGUUUACGCUUGACUCUGUGUCUCUGACCCUUUUUAUAUCACAACUUCCACACACCAACAUCGUCAAUGUGGAAUUGCGUCAUUUUCUAUUGGGAGCGGGGCUGUCAUGUAACCAGCACAAACAUAUAAAUACUUGGGUUUUACAUUUGUUCAGUGCCCUGUGGUGGUUUCCUUGUAAUGCCAAAAGCGUAUUCCUUGUUCUGAGAUCUUUUGUUUUCUUAAUUUGCCUUGUCUGACUACUCUGUUCUCCUUGACAUGGCUUGACAUAUCGUUAUAGUGUACCACUGGAAUCCCGGAUCUUGCAUGUUUUUUUUUACUUUGCUAUUGCGUUGAACCCAGCCCCUCUAAGGUCCCAUAAUUUGUUGCUAUUCUUUGUGCCACUCCUUGGACAGUAUGGCUUUGAGCAUUGCGUGUAGAGUUAUUACUCCUACCUUGACAUUAGCUAAGUAAUGCAGAUUUUGAGGUAUUUGAAAAACCUAAAAAUAUAUAGAAUAAAUGUAUUUAUUAUCAAAGCAAUCAUUGCAAACAAGCAGGCACAUCGAUGGCAAAUGAUUUGUUUAAGUAUGAAAUACAAAUGUGAGGUAUUAUCAGGAAGAAAAAAAAAACAAUUCUAAACCUACCACUUUUUUAUAUUUAUUAUAAUCGUUUUCCCAGUGGAUAUGGGCUUAAUGCCCAGUAAUGUUUUCAUAACUCUCUCUUUUAGUAGGAUGAAACUUCUUAAAAUUAAGUGCUUUUUGUUGAAUGUUUUAUAGUGUCUUCUUUGUAGUAAUAAAUAUUGAAGUAUUCAAAUUUUUCUACAAACAAAAACCCUUAAAGGCUCAAAAUGAACAAAUGUUUCUGGUCAUAUAAUGCUUGAAACAUAUUUUCAUUGUAAAAUGAUAACAGCUGUGCUGAUGAACAGCAGAAAACCAACAAACAGCGUAAACAUUUUUCUUUUUAUAUUCAGCAAUAUUAGGAUGACUUGUUUCUUUGUAUCAGCAGCAGUGCUUGCUUGCUUGUUUUUUGUUUAUUUGUUAUAGCAAAUUGUCUGCGUUUAGUUUAUAGGCCUGCAGUGAAAUAAAGUACCUUGCUGAGAUAAAACCAUUGCAGAAUACUUUGUUAUUUUCCGGCAUGUUUGACUUUCCAUCCUUUGUGCUAAAACACAUGAAACUGACUUUUUGUAACUGUUAGAUGUAACUGCAAAGAACACAACUCAUCAUUGAACGUAUUCUCUAUUUCACUAAAGCUUUUCAUAUAAAGGAUGCAGCUAACAGAAUGACAAUUUCUGUUUACUUUAUUCCAAGGUCUUCAUGAGCAGUAACUGGUAACCUUGCCUGAGGAUAAAGCUCACUUUUUAAAACUUUGUGUAUGUGAUUUUACUGUACAAGGUUAGUAAACCUUAAGUGCCCAGAUAUAUCAACCACCUUUAUAUUUGAGUUGUGUAUUGCUUUUCUUACCCUCUGGGUGGGAUGAGGGUUCUGCACAGUAUCUUUGCUGUUCCCAGAACUGCGCUAUUCUGGAUAGUAGUCUCAGAUGUCCCACCUGAAUAUACUAAAUCCUCUCUUCCAACUCAAGUGUUAUAGUCCUUACUAUUCAUUUUACUUUCCACAUCCUUUCUAGCUUCUCUUCAAGUCCUUGAUAUUUGUCCACCUUCUUAUGUUCUUUCUUCUUGAUGUUAUGGUCACUGAGUAUUGUCACAUCCACCACCAUUGCAGUUUUAGUUUCCUUGUCGAUCACCAUGAUGUUCGGCAAGUUCGUGAACGGUUCGCGACAUCACUACUUGUUUAUCUGGAUCUGGAAGUCCUACAGAAUCUAAGCCCUUUCAUUUUCAACUAACCAUUGUGAUACUUACCAUCUGAACUUGGGCAGGUCCAGACCAUGAUCUGUGCAGAUAUUUCAGUACAUAAUACUGGCAGAUUGGUUGUUUGUCUCAUUGUAUUCUCUCCCUGCUAAAAUCUUGCACCUAGCUAUUAUAUGCUGAAUUGUCUCUGAGGCCUCUUUGCACAGUGGGUCUUAUCUGGUGUGGUAGACCCGAGCUUCUAUUGAUCUAGUGUUGAGUAACCAGUCCUGUGCUGCUUUAUAUGGAUAUACACUGCUUUGCAAACGUUUUAAGCGGAUAUUAAAAUUUCUGUAAAGUAAGAAUGCUUUCAAAAAUAGAAAUCAUAAUAGUUUAUUUGUAUGAAUCACAAAAUGCACAGUAAGUGAACAGAAGAAAAAGCUUUAUCAACUGUGACCACCAUUUCCCUCCAAAAUGUAUCUUUUAUUUAUUUAUUUAUUUAUAUACAUAUAAUUACAAUAAUUAAUAAUAAUCAUAAUUUAUUUACACUUAUAUUUUUAAUAAAAGUGUUUUUUUUGCAUUUUUCACACAUGAAUGGCACUUUUACUGACGAAAUUAUUGUUGUAAUACAAGUUACCAUUUUGAAACACUAAUAUUUGUGUUCAGCGAAGUCUCCCGAGUAAAACAGUAACCCCCAUGUACAGGUUUUAUGGUGUUUUGGAAAGUUAGAGAGUCAAAUAUAAGGCUUGCAUUUCAUUUUUUUGACAUUGAAAUUUGCGAGAUUGGUUAUGUUGCCUUUGAGAGCGUAUGGUAGCCCAGGAAUAAGAAUUACCCCCAUGAUGGCAUACCAUUUGCAAAAGUAGACAACCCAAGGCAUUGCAAAUGGGGUAUGUCCAGUCAUUUUUAGUAGCCACUUAGUCACAAACACUGGCCAAAUAUUAGUAUUUUGCUUUUUUCACACAAAAACAAAUAUGAACGCUAACUUUGGCCAGUGUUUGUGACUAAGUGGCUACUAAAAAAGGCUAAACAUACCCCACGUUCAAUACCUUGGGUUGUCUACUCUUUCAAAUGGUAUGCCAUUAUGGGGGUAAUUCUCAUUCCUGGGCUACCACACUGUCUCAAAGGUAACAUUACUAAUGUGGCAAAUUUCAAUUUGAAAAUGGAACGUUCUAUAUUUGACCCUGUAACUUUCCAAAACACCAUAAAACCUGUUAAUGGGGGGUACUGUUGUACUCGUGAGACAUCGCUGAUUACAAAUAUGUGCAUUUUUUUGCAGUAAUACCUAACAGUAUUAUGACAUUCACAGCUAAAAUGUCAGACGGAAAUACAAAUGUAAAAAAAAAUCUUAUUUUCUAAACAUUUUUUACAUUUUAUUCAUAAUAAAUGAUGUUCCAUAUAUGAAUAAUUAAUGAUAAAUUAAAGUCCUGUUUCUCCUGAACAAAAUGUUAUAUAAUAAGUGUGGGUGCACUUAAUGUGACAGCGGUGAAUUACGGGUGAACAGACAUAUAGCGCAAAUUACAGUUUUUGUUUACGUUUUGUUUUGAUCAGAACGUGUACUAUUGACUCCGUCCUGAAGGGGUUAAAAAAAAUUUUUUUUUUUUUUUUAGAAAGGAUGUUUUUUUGUUUUGUUUUUUAAAUAAUUUUAAAUAAAAUUAAUGUAUUUUUCCCUUUUUUAUUUUCUAUUCUACUUUUUUUUUUCCUAUGUGCAUCUACGAGAUGCUGUGUGUGAGAAGGCAGGCAGUGCGAGCGUGUGGGGGGCAGUGCGGGCAUGCGUGAGGGGGGGCAGUGCGCGUGUGUGUGUGCAUGAGGGAUGUAGUGUGUGAGAGGUUUAGUAAGUGUGAGGGGUGUAGGAUGUGUUUGUGUGUGAAAGGUACAUAGUGUCUAUGCUGUGUUUUUAGGUGGGUGAGAUGUGAAAAUCUAUCUGGUCUGCUCUGCUGCAAGCCCUGGUGGUCCAGUGGUGGCAUGUUCACUUUAGCCUGUAGCUACUCCGGCUGCAGGCUGACUCUCCUUUUCUCCUGCAAGCACAACAAUGUAUCGGAGUGUUGCCAUGGCAACGUGCGGCAAUGCUCCGACCAGCCUGCUUGUGCGAGGAACCUCCCAGGCCCUUACCUCCCUCUGCUGGAUCUAACUCCCACCGGGCUGGUGAGGAGAUCUUUGACUGCUCACCAGCCCGGCUUACAACAAGACUGGCUCUACAUGGGCCGGCAGGGGAGAUGAAAGGCCUUGGUCCACGGCUAUCAAGGACCACUGGACGUUUUCUGCAGAACCCACCCACCACUAGUGGGCGGUAGGGACCAGGUUGACUACCCCUGGGUUAGAGGAACAUCCAACAAGCUGAUUUCCAAAGCUGUGUGCAAGUGUACCUAGAAUAGUUGAUGCUGCUUUGAAGGCAGUGAGUGUUCACAUUAAAUAUUGAUUUGAUCCUUUUUUCAUUCACUUUUCAUUCUGCUAAUUGACAAAUAAGCAUUACCAUUGCUAUUUUUGAAAUAAUUUUUGCAUUACACACAUUCCCACACCUGCCUAAAUCUUUAGCACAGAGGUGUGUUUGUGCAUGUGUGCAUGUGUGUGUAUACAUACACACAUGCACACACAGACCUUAAAUGAGCUCAGCACUCAACAACUUUGCAAAUAAAGUACUUGCCUCUGUGCUGUAAAUCAGGCCAAAGUUAUAGAAAUCGAAAGACGAACACUCACAGGUCUUGUAGGUGAAUAUGUCAUCACUAUUUUUUGAGGCUGAUUAGUGCAAAUUACAAAAGGAUCAACAUUUAGUCCCCAUCAAGAAACAGUGAUCCUGUUGUAAAUUGGUCUAAUCUGGUUCAUAUAAGCCUGUGAAAUAUUAAUCAACAAGACCUGCACGCGCUCAAAUUUGUUUUAUUUUCUUAAUCAACUCUUUUUGAGUCAUAUGUUCAUAGUGGGGGUAGGCAACCUUUGGCACUCCAUACAGAAACAUAGAAUGUGACGGCAGAUAACCAUUCGGCGCAUCUAGUCUGCCCAAUUUUCUAAAUACUUUCAUUAGUCCCUGGCCUUAUCUUAUAGUUAGGAUAGCCUUAUGCCUAUCCCACGCAUGCUUAAAGGACCACUAUAGUGCCAGGAAAACAUACUCGUUUUUUCUGGCGCAGCGGGUAUACCCUGAGGAGUACCCCACCCUCAGGGACCCCCUCCCGCCCGGCUCUGGAAGGGUUAAACUUACACACCUUUUUCCAGGCUGGGCGGAGGCUCUGCCUCCUCUCCUCCUCCGAUCGCCCGUCGGCUGAAUGCGCGGCACAUUCUCAAUGCUUUCCUAUGGGCGCUGGCGUGCUCUCACUGUGAAAAUCACAGUGAGAAGCACGCAAGCCCCUCUAGUGGCUGUCAAUGAGACAGCCACUAGAGGAUUAGGGGGAAGGCUUAACCCAUUCAUAAACAUCGCAGUUUCUCUGAAACUGCUAUGUUUAUAAUAAGGUUAACCCUAGAAGGACCUGGCACCCAGACCACUUCAUUAAGCUGAAGUGGUCUGGGUGCCUAGAGUGGUCCUUUAAACUCCUUUACUGUGUUAACCUCUACCACUUCAGCUGGAAGGCUAUUCCAUGCAUCCACCCUCUCUGUAAAGUAAGACUUCCUGAUAUUAUUUUUAAACCUUUGCCCCUCUAAUUUAAGACUAUGUCCUCUUGUUGUGGUAGUUUUUCUGCUUAUAAAUAUAGUCUCCUCUUUUACUGUGUUGACUCCCUUUAUGUAUUUAAAUGUUUCUAUCAUAUCGCCCCGUCUCGUCUUUCCUCCAAGCUAUACAUGUUAAGAUCCUUUAACCUUUCCUGGUAAGUUUUAUCCUGCAAUCCGUGAACCAGUUUAGUAGCCCUUCUCUGAACUCUUGAAGGUAUCAAUAUCCUUCUGAAGAUACGGUCUCCAGUACUGUGUACAAUACUCCAAGUGAGGUCUCACCAGUGUUCUGUACAAUGGCAUGAGCACUCCCCUCUUUCUUCUGCUAAUACCUCUCACUAUACAACCAAGCAUUCUGCUAGCAUUUCCUGCUGCUCUAUUACAUUGUCUGCCUACCUUUAAGUCAUCAGAAAUAAUCACCCCUAAAUCCCUUUUCUCAUAUGUUGAGGUUAGGACUCUAUCAAAUAUUCUGUACUAUGCCCUUGGGUUUUUACGUCCAAGAUGCAUUAUUUUGCACUUAUCCACAUUAAAUGUCAGUUGCCACAACUCUGACCAUGUUUCUAGUUUACCUAAAUCAUUUGCCAUUUGGCUUAUCCCUCCUGGAACAUCUACCCUGUUGCAAAUCUUAGUAUCAUCAGCAAAAAGUUAUGCCUUACCAUUAAGACCUUCUGCAAUACUAAUAUAAUAUUUAAGGACUGUAAAUAUGCUUUUGAUGCACAUUUAUUAGUGGUAUUAUUUUAGUUUGCUGCCCCAUUUAUCAAGCUCGAGUGCUUGAAUAUUGGCUUGCAUUAAAGCUGGCCGAAAAUAUAUGAAAAUCUCAUUUAAAACCUUGAUCCUUAUAUAGAGUUUAAUUGAGACCUUCGUUUUGAAUUUGCACUAUUUGAACUUAAAAAAAUUAUUUAAAAAACUCUUUAUUGUAGACAUUUUUAAACACCAAAACCUAGUUUGGACUGUGCAGAUUACAUUUAAUGUGUUUGAGUUGUUCUGUUGCAUGAUUUCUUUUAUUAGUUCAUCUAGUCUAAAGGCAAUGUGAAUAACGUUUACCUUCCUUUUUGUGUAUUGAUAGACAUGCUGAGGUAUGAGCAUAAAACCAUGAAGAGGAAGUAGAAGAAAUUGAAGAAUGCUUCUCAGAAACCGAUUUCUUUUACUGCUGGCCUUAGCUGCUCUCCUGGCCUUUCUCAGCCUCAGUCUGCAAUUCUGUAAGUACAUUUAGAAUUCUUUUAUCUAAUGUUAACAGUGAGAUUUUCAGUUAAGAUGUGCUAAACAAUAUGCGAUUAAUACUGAGUGAUUAAAACCACCACCUGUAUAUAAGUGACGUACUCAAAUUAACAUAAAUAAACACGCAUACCUUGUUUGGCACAGGGAUGUUCACUUUUAAAUGUUUCCAUAAAAAAAAGCCUUAACACAAUGGCACGAGGCAGGGAUGCCCCCUCUCGCCACUCCUGUUCGUCCUUGCCCUCGAACCGUUCCUUACACACAUCCGAAACAACACAGACAUAACUGGCCUGACGACAGAUACCACACACCACAAAGUGGCCGCCUAUGCGGACGAUUUACUCUUCAUCAUAACCAACCCUGAAAUCUCCCUCCCAAACAUCCAGAAAGACCUACAGGUAUAUGGAGAAAUAUCCAACCUGAAGAUCAAUAACAGUAAAUCAUUCAUUCUUAAUAUUAGCAUCCCUACCACACGGGCAAACUCCCUUCGACACAGCUUCCCCUUCCAGUGGGCCGAGCACAAGAUCCGAUACUUGGGAGUCUGGUUGACUAGGCAGAGCGGGGACAUGCUUAAGGAAAACUUUACAAACACACUUCAGACAUUUCAAAAAGACAUGCGGGAAUGGGCACACCCUCACAUCUCCUGGCUGGGGAGGGUACAAGUAAUAAAAAUGAACUUCUUACCACGCCUCCUCUAUCUCCUCCAAGCCAGCCCCAUCGAGCUCCCGAGCCCCUUUUUUAAAACCCUUAGAACAGAGAUGAUAAAAUACAUAUGGAAUGGGGGGAAACCAAGGGUGAAAUUCACUAUCCUGACGCGACCUAAAGAUAAAGGAGGCUUAGCCCUCCCAGACUUCCACCUAUACUAUGUGGCCACACACCUACAGAGAGUUGUAGAGUGGACAAAAGACAGGGUACACAAACUGUGGAAGACGGUGGAGGAGACGGAGGCGGGUAGACCAAUCUCGGGACUGCCAUGGGACCGAAACGCGACGAACUGGGACGAAAUGUCCAUCUACACCAAACACACCCUAAAAAUAUGGAGAAGAGUAGCGGUGAAGGGAAACAUAUCGCCAUACCCCUCUCCCCUCCUUCCAUUGACGUUUAACAAAGACUUCCCCCCGGGACUAGACCCGAGGGCCCUUAGAGGCAUCCUUCCAGACACACACCCAUGCUUACAUCACGUCAUGCAAGAUGGGAAAUGCAAAAAGCUUCCGGACAUGAUGGGAGACGCACCCCCGACUUUCAUGCACAACUUUCGAUAUUCCCAACUAACCAACUACAUCCACACCCUACCACAGGGCUCAGCACUCACCAGAGAACAUACCACAAUAGAGGUGAUAUGCAUGCACCCAGACCAGCUCCCACAUGGAGUGUCCUUCCUAUACACCAUGUUGCAAACAGACAUCCCAACCGAGACACCUGUAUUUAUGGGGAAAUGGGAGAAAGCCCUAGGACACACAUUGACAGACACAGAAUGGGAAUCCAUCUGCUACCUCACACACCACUGCUCCACACACAGUAAAACACAAGAGACAGCCUACAAAAUACUAACCCACUGGUACAGGACACCACACCUCCUACAUCAGAUAAACCCAGAUCAAUCUGGCCUAUGCUGGAGAUGCCAACGAGAAGAGGGAGACAUAAAACACAUCUGGUGGGACUGCACAAAAAUUAAACCAUAUUGGCAAAACAUACACAGAAUGCUCGAGAAAUUCACAGACGAACCACCCCCCUUGGAACCAGCAGCAAUGCUCCUACACCACACUCCUACACCACACUCUAAGUACAAACGAUCCAUGACCAUCCGAAUACUCAAUAUAGCCAAACGGGUAAUCCCCCAAUACUGGAAACAGAACAUAACACCUCCACUUAAGACUUGGUUCAGCCAAAUGGAGGAACUCCGAAUAACAGAAGAACUGACCAUGACGACUAACGUGACCACAAAGACCUACACGGACAUUUGGACGUAUUGGAUCCUAGAGACAGCGAAGGAAGGAUUCCAAAUGGAACUCAGAACAGACGUACGCCAGACCACGGACAGUUAGGCUUAGAACACCCACUAGACGACAGAUGACGGAGACAACGACUACAGACACCCCCCUCCUCACCCUGACCCCGACCUUCCCCACCCCCUCUCUUCUAAAGACCCACACAGGACGAUACCCCAACCAAAGCAGAAAUUAUUUCAUAUAGAGGAGACACUAGGGCCCUGAACGGAAAACCCACACGGGUUCACACACAACCCAUAAAUUCCAAGAGACACGACCCUAAUGAAACAUAGGCUGAGCAGACGGGAUAACCACAACAUAGCCUGAGGGCAGCAACGAAUUACAUUCACACCCCCCCGAAAUAUGAGUCAUAAACCUCUCAACACAGGUACACAGUACCCUAGAUACAGGACACCCGGGACACUAAGGGGAGACUCACAUAAAUCUGCUACAGGCAUAAAGCCCAACACUAAAUUUAGGGACCUGAACGGCGCCUAACAAUAAAGGCUGCAUACGAGGUCUGCGAACCUCAACACAAACAUAACGAGACCACCGGCUACUGUACAUGAAACGUAUAAACCAUGUAAACAAAACCCAAUUAGGAAAACAAAUGGCAGAUGGUAAGAUGUACUUGAAGGUGCUUGUGAACCUGGAAAAUAGGGACUUGCAAGUCCGUCAACAUUGUGGGCCUGCGAGCCCAAACAUACAUUGUUGUUUUCAAGGAAAAAAUUAUGACUACUCACCUUAGAGACCUGCGAGUCUCCGAUCUCAACGUAAGUAACACAAGAAUAAAUAAAAAUUAUAUUCAUUAAAAAAAAAAAAAAGCCUUAAAAUUAUAUACCACCAUUGAAAUAUAAUCAAGACUUUGGUAUAAUCAGCACACUCACAUGGAGAAGAUAAUAAAGCAUACUUUCCAAGUGUUCCCAUUUAGUACGCACAGUCCCUAUGUUGUAUCCAAAUCCCUUUGUCUCUUUUUUUUUUUUUAUCCUAUUGUUCCUCUUUUCUAGGAGCUCCAUAUUUUUGGUGUGUCUGACUGUAUAAAAGAGCUUCACGGCAAUAAUUUUGAGUAAUAUUUCUUUAAACUACAAGAUUUGAUGUUCUUGUUAGAAAUUACAUUUUAGUUGUAUAAAUUGUUAUUAGUAAGUCCUAAUAUUUCUCAGAAGAGCCCUCCCCUGGCCACAUCUUCACUCACACCUCAAAAAUGGAAUUGUCCCUCUUUGUCUAUUUGAAAUGUUGUAUAUGCUAUAAUGAAUUGGCUCAUAUCUUGCAGGCGUAUGUGACUUUAAGCUGCACACUAUUUAAUCUUCAUGUGUUCAAUGUGUGCACUCCAAAAUUGCAAACAGGAACAGCUGACGAAAUUAUAGGUUCAGGACAUGAACCUAUUUUGAGUAAUUAUUAUAAACAAAGCUAUGAAAAAAAACUGGGUUCACUAUAUAUAUAUAUAUAUAUAUAUAUAUAUAUUACUCAUCCAUAAUGUUGUAUUAUGCAUACAUAUCACAAAAGGGCCAACUCUUUCAUUUUAUAAAAUAAUAUGUAAUAUGUAUGGGUGUACUUAAUGUGAAAGUAGAGUAGAACACACAGAUAGCAAAGGUUCUAAAAAUGCCUGUCAUGAUGUUUUGACUACAGUCUUUAAAGAGUUAAUGUAUAUGGUAUAUAAUUCCCAAACAAUCUGCAGGAGGUCUCUCUCAAUACACUGUGUUGUGGAUGAAUUUGAGGCAGACUUUUUACCACAUGAUACUUGGAAAGGGAGGGAAGAUGUUAAAAAAUAAAACAUUACAAUAAAAUGUAAGUAUCCACUUACAUGCACUGUAAUAAAAGAAUUCCCAUAGGCAAUGUAAUUUCAAUACAUGCAAGGUAAAGAGCCAGCACAGGAAAUAAUCUUUUGAAAUUGGAAUCGCUUUUACGCAAAGAUUACUGGUGCUGUUUUAGGAAAAAAAAUGUGUGUUUGUAUGUGAAUGUGUGUGUAUGUGUAUAUAUUAUACACACUAUAUGGACAAAAGUAUUGGGACAAACCUCUUAAUUAUUGAACUCGGGUGUUUCAAUCAGACCCAUUGCCACAGGUGUAUAAAAUCAUGCCCUAGUUUUGCAAUCUGCAUUUACAUGAAACAAAUUGGUCGUUCUGAAGAGCUCAGUGAAUUCAUGCAUGGUACUGUGAUGGGAUGCCACAUUUCAGUAAGUGAGUUGGUAAAAUUUCAUCACUGCUAGAUAAUCCACAGUCAACUGUAAGCAUUAUUAUUGGAAAGUGUAAGCAUUUAGGAACAGCAGCUACUCAGCAAUGAAGCGGAAGACCAUGUAAAGUCACAGAGCGAGGUCAUCUACUGCUGAGGUGCAUGAUUGCAUAAAAGUCGCCAAUGCUCUGCUGAGUCCAUAGCUGACGAAUUCCAAACUACCACUGACAUCAAUAUCAGCGGGAGCUUCAUGGAAUAGGUUUCCAUGGCAGAGCAGCUGCAUACAAGCCUCACAUCACCAAGUUCAAUGCCAUGAUACUGAUCAAGUCGAGUAAAGCAUGCCACCACUGGACUCUGGAGCAGUGGAAAUGUGUUCUGUGGAGUGAUGAAUGACUCUUCUCUGUUUGGCAGUCUAAAGGGUGAAUCGGUGAAAGUUUUAUCGAUGCCAGGAGAAUGUUACCUGCUUGACUGCAUUGCGCCAACUGUAAGGUUUGGUGGAGGAGGGAUAAUGGUGUGGGGCUGGUUUUCAGGGGUUAGGCUAGACCCCUUAUCAGGAAGGGAAAUCUUAAUUCUUAAGCAUACCAAUACAUUUUGGGCAAUUUGAAAAAUACAGAUUAAAGAACAGUGCACACAUACAAAUAUAGUUUUACAUUUUCUAAGGCUACUUAACAUCACCUAUCACAGCAAACAAAUAUGGGGAUUCUGUUCCACCAUAUGGCCAUAUUGUGUUAAGCCCACCAUUACUUCACAGUACCCCAACAGUUGGUGUACUGGUCAGGUUUCCCAAUACUUUUCUCCAUAUAGUGUGUGUAAAAAAUUUGCAUACCCUGCAUAAAUUGUGAAUUUUUGGCAUUGAUUUUGAAAAUAUGAAUGAUCAUGCAAAAAAAAAAAAUGUAUUGAAGAAUAGUGAUCAUAUAAAGCCAUUUAUUAUCACAUAGUUGUUUGGCUCCUUUUAAAAUCAUAAUGAUAACAGAAAUCACCCAAAUGGCCCUGAUCAAAAGUUUACAUACCCUUGAAUAUUUGGCCUUGUUACAGACACACAAGGUGACACACACAUGUUAAAAUGGCAAUUAAAGGUUGAUUUCUCACACCUGUGACUUUAUUAAAUUGUAAUUAGUGUAAUUGACUAUAAAUAGCCAAUGAGUUUGUUAGCUCUCACAUGGAUGCACUGAGCAGGUUAGAUACUGAGCCAUGGGGAGCAGAAAAAGAACUGUCAAAAGACUUGCAUAACAAGGUAAUGGUACUUUAUAAAGUUGGAAAAGGAUAUUAAAUGAUAUCCAAAUCCUUGAAAAUGACAGUCAGUACUGUUCAAUCACUUAUUAAGAAUUGAAAAAUUCGGGGAUCUCUUGAUACCAAGCCACAGUCAGAUUUCAGCCACAACUGCCAGAAGAAUUGUUCAGGAUACAAAGAAAAACCCACAGGUAACCUCAGGAGAAAUACAGGCUGCUCUGGAAAAAAGACGGUGUGGUUGUUUCAAGGAGCACGAUAUGACGAUACUUGAACAAAAAUGAGCUGCCAGAAGGAAGUCUUUACUGCACUAAUGCCACAAAAAAGCCCGGUUACAAUAUUCCCGACAAUAGCUUGACACGCCUCACAGCUUCUGGCACACUGUAAUUUGGAGCGAGAAGACCAAAAUAGAGCUUUAUGGACACAACCACAAGCGCUAUGUUUGGAGAGGAGUCAACAAGGCCUAUAGUGAAAAGAAUACAAUUUUCACUGUGAAGCAUGGUGGUGGCUCACUGAUGUUUUUGGGAGGUGUGAGCUCUAAAGGCACGAGGAAUCUUAUGAAAAUUGAUGGCAAGCAUGUUAUCAGAAAAUAUUGGCAGACAGUUUGCAUUCUUAUGCAGGAAGGCUGCGCAUGGGAUGCUCUUGGACUUUCCAGCAUGACAAUGACUAAGCACGAGGCCAAGUUGACCCUCCAGUGGUUACAGCAGAAAAACUUGAAAGUUCUGGAGUGGCCAUCACAGUCUCCUGACCUUAAAGGACCACUCUAGGCACCCAGACCACUUCAGCUCAAUGAAGUGGUCUGGGUGCCUGGUCCAGCUAGGGUUAACCCAUUUUUUUUAUAAACGUAGCAGUUUCAGAGAAACUGCUAUGUUUAUAAAUAGGUUAAUCCAGCCUCUAAAGCCUCUAGUGGCUGUCUCAUUUACAGCCGCUAGAGGCGUUUGCGUGCUUCUCACUGUGAAAAUCACAGUGAGAAGACGCAAGCGUCCAUAGGAAAGCAUUAUGAAUGCUUUCCUAUGAGACUGGCUGAAUGCGCGCGCGCAGCUCCUGCCGCGCAUGCGCAUUCAGCCGAAGAGGCGGAGAGGAGGAGGAGAGCUCCCCGCCCGGCGCUGGAGAAAGGUAAGAUUUUAACCCAUUCCUCUCCCCAGAGCCCGGCGGGAGGGGGUCCCUGAGGGUGGGGGCGCCCUCAGGGCACAAUAGUGCCAGGAAAACGAGUGUGUUUUCCUGGCACUAUAGUGGUCCUUUAAUAUCAUCAAGCCACUCUGGGGGGAUCUCAAACAUGCGGUUCAUACAAGACGACCAAAGACUUUGCAUGACCUGGAGGCAUUUUGCCAAGACGAAUGGACAGCUAUAUCACCUGCAAUUAGGGGCCUCAUAGACAACUAUUGCAAAAGACUGAACGCUGUCAUUGAUGCUAAAGGAUAAAAUACACGGUAUUAAGAACUAAUGGUAUGCAGACUUUUGAUAAAGGGUCAUUUCAUUUUUUUUCUUUGUUGCCAUAUAUUGUUUUAUGAUUGUGCCAUUCUGUUAUAACUUACAGUUGAAUAUGAAUCAUAUAAGAAAUAAAAGAAAUGUUUUGCCUGCUCACUCAUGUUUUCUUUUUUUUUUUUUUUUAAAUGGUACAUGUAUUACCAAUUCUCCAAAGUUAUGCAAACUUUUGAGCACCACUAUAUAUACAAUAAAAACUUGCAGUGUGACAAUGUCCCACCAACAAAAUCCUAUUUGUUUUUUAAAAUUCAUUUAUUUUUGCUGUUUUGUUAGUAAGUAAUUAAAAUAUAAAAAGUAUACAGUUUCAAUAGGAAAAUUGGUAAUUAAAAUACAUUAGAAAAAUGCACUAUUCUUCUUUUUUUUUAUUUUUUAUUUUUUUCUUAGUGGACCUUGUUAUUGAAUACAAAAUUAUUUUAUAACCUCUGUUUUCAUCUUAAGGUUGGAUUAUAUCAACAAAAUAAUUUAAAGUCAAAUUAAAUUGUUCUUGCAAUUUACAAGUCAUCAGUGUUUUGUAGAACAUUCUUUGAAAGUACAUGCAUCCAUUGGGGUUUUGUGAUUAAACUUGCAUGUUUAUUACCUUUCCCUUAUGUAAGAUUGUUUAUCCAGUAACAUACAGUUAUAGAUGGGCACAAAAUAUAAAUAUGAAAUAUAGUGCCAAUGCUAUCUUGUUUGUCAUCAACAUUUUUCUCUGGGUAGUACCAUAGAAUACCGUAUAUACUCGAGUGUAAGUCGACCCGAUUAUAAGUCGAGACCCCUACUUUUACCCCAAAAAACUGGGAAAACGUCUUGACUCGAGUAUAAGACUAGGGUGGGAAAUGCAGCAGCUACUGGUAAAUUUCUAAAUAAAAUUAUAUCCCCCCAAAAUUAUAUUAAUUGAAUAUUUAUUCACAGUGUGUGUGUGUGUAUAAUGCAGUGUGUUUGUAUGAAUGCAGUGUGUGUGUGUGUGUGUGUAUAAUGCAGUGUGUUUGUAUGAAUGCAGUGUGUGUUUGUUUGUGUGUGUAUGAAUGCAGUGUGUGUGUGUGUGUGAUGCAGAAUGUGUUUGUGUAUGUGAUGCAGAGCCUUGGUGGCGGGAGGGCAUUUUUAUUAUAUUUUUAAAAUUAUUAUUAUUUUAAUAUUUUUUUGUUAUAUUAUUAAUAUUUUAUUAUUAUUUAAAAAAAAUAUUAUUAAUUUUAUUUUAUUAUUUAAAUUAUUAUUUAUAUUUUUAUUCGUUCCCCCCUCCCUGCUUGUUAGCUGGUCAGGGAGGGGGGCUCUCAUUCCCUGGUGGUCCAGUGGAUGGGCUGUGUAGGAGGGGGGCUGGCUAAGAGCUGUUACUUACCUUUCCUGCAGCUCCUGUCAGCUCCCUUCUCUCUCCUCCGGUCCGGUCAGCUCCCCUGUAAUAAACAGUCUCACGGUGUGAGUGCUGCACGGGACUUGCAGUGGAGCUGACCGGACCGGAGGAGAGAGAAGGGAGCUGACAGGAGCUGCAGGAAAGGUAAGUAACAGCUCUCUGCCAGCCCCCAACAGGACCGCCGGGCUUGUAAUGAGCCCUGCGGUCCUGGUCUGUAUUGUGGCAAUGUAAGUUGCCAUAAUACAGACAUUGACUCGAGUAUAAUACGAGUGGGGGUUUUUCAGCACAAAAAAUGUGCUGAAAAACUCGUCUUAUACUCGAGUAUAUAUGGUAAUUAUGAUGCUUAGAUGUUUAAUAUAUCCUGUAGUUAAUGUUUACAAUGACUGAUUUCUCCACUAGGCUAUAUAGGUGUAUGCCUGUUGUUCCACAAAUUUACAGAAUGGUUUGAUACUGCCCAAUAUAACAUGUUUUAUGUCAGAGUACGAAAACGUAAUAAAACUUAUACAGUCUGUGGUUUUGAUUUCCCAGGAAUCUCGGUGGCAACGGUAAUUUUAUGAUGUCCAUGAAAACCUCUAGAAGUGUAGAUCUAAGCUAAUCUGGUAAAGGUCCUGAUAAGCUAAACUGCACUGAAUGUCUUGAUGUCGGUCUAUGAACAGACCCAGCAAUUGCUUAACCAGUGGGUAGCAAUAGUUAAGAUUUUGAUCUUGAGAUUUUGUUUUGAUCUUGACAUAGACUAGUCUUCACAGUGUGAGCGCAUGUCUAUCCUUAUUUAUAGCUGAAGCUGGAAACUAGGGUGUAUUACUCUGUAUAUUGGUCUUCAUGGGCCAUGAAGUCAUAUAGGUUUGCUUGUUUUUUAUAAUUUAUAAAGAUCAUAAAAAACAAACCCUGCUUCCAUGGCAUGGCCCAUAUGGAGUUGCCUGGCUCUGUGAUGUGUCUAUGUUAGAACCUGCCUUGAACUAGACCAAUGCUAGAAAGAGGAUCCAGGCACUGAAAGUAUCUUCAAAUGUAUUUAUUAGGACAAGUGAGACACUGCAACGUUUCAAGCUUGACAAAGACCCUUUCAGGGGUCGAAACGUUGCAGUGACUCGCUUGUCCUUAUAAGAUAUUUGGAGUGCCUGGAUCCUCUUUCUUCCACUGGUAUCUGCUUCCUGGGGCUGGUGCUGGCCAUUGGUCCAGUUUAGCACCCGGAUCUUCACGUGAUUGGGGUGCGGUUCGUUGUUUUGUUUUUUUAACUAGACCAAUAACAUUUCUAAGCAUGGAACAAAACGAUAUAAGUCAGAAAACCUGGUUUAAGUAUCUGUUAUGAGGCAUACUAAAGCAUAUCAAAGAGGGAAGGGAACAUAGCUUAGACCCACUUUAUGGUAGUUCCAUACCACUACGAAUACCUUCAGUAUCUGGUGUUUUUGGUUCCCCUUCUCACAUAACUCCUACUAACAGUUUUACAGUCUUUCAUACUGGGCAAUAGUUUCUCCCCCCACUUUAAACAAUGUCUAAUGACAGCUGCAAUAGUGCACUUUUCAAGUGUUCACAGACCACUGUAGAGGGUUUUUUUAUUUUAUUUUUUUCUAUGUACAUUUUUUAGUAGAAGAUAUUGCUUUAUCAACAGACUACUAUCAUUCUUAUUCUCAUACAAAAAAAACAACAAUCUGAUAUCGGUUAUACCUGUAUUAUAAUAUUGGCUGUUUAAUUUGUUUAUUUGAUGUGAGUGUGUCAACUGUAUAAAAAAAACUUUUUGUGAAAGAGAGCAAUAAAUUAUAUUUAAAUUUGGCAUUGGAGCCUGGACAUGUUUAACACAGUAAUUAAAACAAUCAUAUCAGACACAACUCAAUUUAAAAGCUUCUUCUGAUGACUGUUCCCUCUCCGAAUAAGGAGAUUCCUCUUAUACGGAACAUUUACUGGCAACAUUGUGACAGUCAAAGUGCGGAUGAAAUUACUCCAGAACACUAGAGACUUUAUAUCUCUCUUUUUCAAACAAGUGCACGUCUAAUCCUAUUAUGCAUGCAGUACUCCCGCUUUCCAAAUUUCUUCUCCAUCUACUUCCACAACUACCACAUCCUGGCAGUCUGUGUCAGCUGAUACUAGUCUACAUUCUCAUCCAGGCCCGGAGACUGGAGAACAGCCAGAAUGCUGCAGAAAUAUGUAAUCUCAUUUUAUUUCCUCCACUCCCUUAUCAGACUACACCUGUGUGCUUCCUGAUGAUUUAUGUUCUUAUAUUACAAUGAUAGUCCUCUUUCUGACACCGAUACAUUGUUCUAAAGUAACACAAUCUAGGGAGUGUAUGUGAUGCAGUGUUUUCAAGAAAAUAUAUUCCACAAUGAUUCGUAAAUAUAAAAUGUAUGCAGGAUACUGUUCUAAUUCCAAUUGCAUGUUGAUGGACUAGGUUUGCAGGUCACAUUGUUUGGACUGUGGAGUCACUUUCUUUAUCUUAGCUCAGCAUGCUAAUAUAUAUAUAUAUAUAUAUAUAUAUAUAUAUAUAUAUAUAUAUGCUUUAUUUAAUAUAGUAAUAUAUUAUUUUUAAAGAUUUUCUUAUUAUAUUCAGCCCAACCCUUUGUUAUAAUUUUAAAACUGUUAACAAAAGCAGUUAAAGGGACAUUAUAGGCACCCAUACCACAUCAGCUCAUUGCAGGUCCCUUAACCUUGCAAAAGCAAUUAUUGAGCAAACUGCAAUAAUUACUAUCUAGGGUUAACUCCAAUUUAGUUGCCGUCUACCAGACAAACACUAGAUGGUCUUACGUGUUGUUAGGUGACCUUUGGUCACUGAUGUUGGACGUCCUACGUCCUCAUGCUAUGCACGCUGUGAAAUCAACUUUGUUUUCCUGGAACUUUAGUUACCCUUUAAACUUACCUGUAAUCUAGCACUAACUUUCCUGAUGUCCCAGAUGAACAUAUCUUCCAGCUCAACUCAUGUGAAGCCACCAAGAGGUAUGCUUUCUAAUACACCUGCACAUGCACAAGAGUAGAAAACUAGUAGAUCAUGAUGGUAGGCUCUCUAUAGAUCUUCACUCGCAUGCACCAGGGGCGUAUUAGCCGCGAGGCAAACAAGGCAUUUGCCUUGGGCGGCAUUUUUCAGGGGGCGGCAAAAAACGCCGCCCCCCCAAAUGCCCAGGGCAAAUGCCUAGUUAGCCUUGCGGCUAACUGACAUCCCGAGCGGGCGACGCCGGCGAGGGAGCGAGCGGCGCGAGUGAGGCUGGGAGCCGGAAGAUGACGUCAUCUUCCGGCUCCCAGCCUCACUCUGCAGCCGGCGCGCGAGGGAGCUGAGCAGUCAGCUCAUAGGUAGUGCACCCUCGCCGGCCGCCCGCCUGUCAGCGCCGCCCGCCUGACCUGCAGCCACCGGACCACCAGGGAGAGAGACCCCCCCCAGCACUCCCAAAGGUAAGGAGGUUGGGGGGGGAUUUAAAUUAAAAAAAAGUUAAUGUGUGUGUGUGUGUGUGUCUGACUGUGUGUGUGUGUUUGUGCCUGACUGUGUGUGUGUGUUUGUGCCUGACUGUGUGUGUGUGUUUGUGCCUGACUCUGUGUGUGUGUUUGUGUCUGAUUGUGUAUGUGUGUGUGUUUGUGUCUGACUGUGUGUGUGUGUUUGUGUCUGACUGUGUUUGUGUGUUUGUGAGUGUGUGUGUGUGUAUGUGUCUGACUGUGUGUUUGUCUGUGUGUUUGUGUCUGACUGUGUGUGUUUGUGUCUGACUGUGUUUGUGAGUGUGUGUGUGUGUGUCUGACUGUGUAUGUGUGUGUUUGUGUCUGACUGUGUGUGUGUCUGACUGUGUGUGUGUUUGUGUCUGACUGUGUGUGUGUGUGUUUGUGUGUCUGUGUAUGUGUCUAACUGUGUGUGUGUUUGUGUCUGACUGUGUGUGUGUGUGUGUUUGUGUCUGACUGUGUUUGUGUCUGUGUAUGUGUCUGACUGUGUGUGUGUGUGUGUCUGACUGUGUGUGUGUGUGUGUUUGUCUGACUGUGUGUGUUUGUGUCUGACUGUGUGUGUGUGUAUUUAGAAGGUGGGGCGGGGGGAAGGGAUGGGUGGGGGUGGCGCGGGGGGAGGGGGGCGCCUGAGUUUUGUCCUGCCUAGGGCAGCACAAAACCAGGAUACACCACUGGCAUGCACAGUAGGAUGGGUAUUGUACAAGAAGAUGCUCUUUAUUAUGAGCUGUCAGAAGUGAUGGCUUCUGGGAAAUGGCACAAAUAAAACAUAUAUCAGGAUGUUACAGUACACAAAAUUUAUAUAGGCAUAUGAUGUUUUUAAUGAUGAUUAUUAUUAUUUGGAAGAGACAACUUAAUACAAGUUUUUAAACUACCAGUUCAUUAAAGAAUAAUCCAAUACAGAAUAUUGAAUUUAGAGUAAAAUAAAUAUAAGACAACUACAGUAGUUCUUUCUUGCUUCUGGCUCACUUGAGCACAAUUGGCUUUUAGAAAUUGAACUCCACAUUGCCACAAUCAUACUUGGAAACUUUCCAAUUUGAAAGUCUCAGAGGUAUUACUAAUUUUUAUUUGGUUGAAUGGCAGGUCAUUAGGAUCACAAAUUUUCAAGCUGAUUCAUCAUAUUUUUAAACAGUUUGAUGUUUACUACUCAUACAAUUUUUUUUAUCCAUAUAAUCCAAUUUAAAUACUCGGUAACCUUUACUGAUCAAGAUUAAAGGUUUCUAUAUAGACAGAGUAAUGUUUUGAUUUGUUUCUCUUAUUAUGACUCUCCUUAUAACUUUAGUUGGAUAAUGCCUAAGGUAAUAUGCUUCAUUGUAUUUAACCCCUUAGGAGGCAGUUUCACAAAUCAUUCGAUGUCCAAUAGAGCUAAAUACCAUUUUCUAUGCCAGGAUAACUGAGCAAUGACCCAAUUCCAGGAAAUUCAUAUAUCUGGAGCACCUAGGACAAGAGAGGUGGUUUUGAUAUGUGACAGUUAUACUGCAUAUAUACAAGUUUCUUUUUUUUCUUGCUAUGAAGGACAGAACACUCCACAAAUAUAAAAAAAAAUGCAUUCAAACUUUUAGUGUUUCUGUACUUAAAGCGGCACUGUCAUGCCGAACUUACCUUUCCUCAAUCUUAUUUUCUUCCUGUCUUCUUUAGUUUUCUUUAAAAUCAUAAGACAAAGUAGGGACUCUUUGCCUUAUGGAGGAUUCCUCCGCUUGACCAGCUCUGACCAGCGGAGGAGCAAAGUGUGCUUCAUUUCCGCUGGUCAGAGCAAUUUUCCCAUUAAUCUUACCUUCCCUCUGUGUUCCCAUGAUGCUUCCUGUCACUUUACACGAAACUGCCGAAUUGCGUUCUAACUGAAUGAGAACAGUAUGUUUGUUUGUUUUAGAACGCAAUUCGGCAUUUUGUUCGGAUCGCAAUUUCAUUCGAAUGAAUAAAAUUCCGAUCCUAUUCAUUGCUGCAGCUGCAUCUUGCAGCUGCUUAGUAGAUAACUCCCUAAUUCCCACGGUAUCAGGGAGCUAUCUACUAAAAGGCUGAAAGACCUAAAUUGGUCUUUUAGCCAACUUUACUAAUACUGAGUAAAGGUUACUUAGUAUUAGUAAAUAAUAUGCCCCUACUCACUAUACCGCGAGUAGGGGCAUGUCUGGUAAACAGCUCACUAUAAAAAAAAUAAAAAUAAACUAUUGGUGCUCUAAAGUAAAAUAAGGGGGGAGCCCUAAUGUCCCUCCGGCCCCCACCCCUGCACGGUGGGGGCCAUAAUGAUAAUGGGAGGGGAACCUACUGCCCCCCCCCCCCCGGCCCACACCCCUGGCCGGCGGGUGGGGGCCAUAAUAAUAAUGGGGGGGACCUACUGCCCCCCCCCGGCCCCCACCCUGAGCGGCGAGUGGGGGCCAUAAUGAUAAUGGGGGGGACCUACUGUCCUCCCCCCCUGGCCCCCACCCCUGAGCGGCGGGUGGGGGCCAUAAUGAUAAUGGGGGGACCUACUGCCCCCCCCAGCCCCCACCCCUGAGCGGCGGGUGGGGGCCAAAUGAUAAUGAGGGGGGGACCUACUGUCCACCCCCCUCCGGCCCCCACCCCUGGGCGGCGGGUGGGGGCCAUAAAGAAAAUGAGGGAGGGGGGGACCUACUUUCCUUCCCCCCCCCCGGCCCCCACCCCUGGGCAGCAGGUGGGGGCCCUAAGUCAAUUCCCCCCCGCCCCCCAAGGUGACUAGGGGUCCCCAACCCAAAUAAAAAGUCCCUACCUACCCCCCUCACCCUAAAAAAUAGUGAGGGGGGAAUAAAAUAACUAACCUGUAAAAUAAAAUUAAACUUACCAUUCGACGUCUUCUUUUUUAUCAAAUCUUCAUUUUUCAGCCCCAAAAAAGGCCAAAUAAAAAACCAUCAUAACUGUCAAAUUUAAAAUAAAAUAAAAAUCCCGAGCACAAAAAAAAACCAGACGAAAAAGAAAAAACCUGAGCGCAAAAAAAAAUCCAUCUUCACCCAAAUUUUUUUACUAUUUUUUAGGGUGAGGGGGGUAGGUAGGGACUUUUUAUUUGGGUGGGGGGUGGUUGAUAAGGGGCUCCCUGGUCACCUUGGGGGGGAGGUUAAUGACUUAGGGCCCCCACCCGCCACCCAGGGGUGGGGUUCAGGGGGCAGUACGUCCCCCCCCCUCAUUAUCAUUAUGGGGGCGAGGGGGGGCAGAAGGUGGAGGCCGGGGGGGGGAGAACAGUAGGUCCCCCCCCUCAUUAUCUUUAUGGCCCCCACCCGCCGCGCAGGGGUGGGGGCCGGGGGGGGGAGGACAGUAGGUCCCCCCUCAUUAUCUUUAUGGCCCCACCCGCCGCUCAGGGGUGGGGGCCUGGGGGGGCUUAUGAAGUGGUUGGGGGACCUGGGGGGGCUUAUGAAGUGGUUGGGGGACCUGGGGGGGCUUAUGAAGUGGUUUGGAGCACUGCUCCCUGCCGCUUCUAUAGUUACAUAUUACAAGGAGGGAGCUGCGUGCCAGUAGCUCCCUCCUUGUAAUAAACUGAACGAACAAACGAACACAGAUACACAGAUACUCAGUGUUUGUUUGUUCGGCUGAUAUUUCUAUUCACUCAUUCGUCUGUCUGAUGAAUGAAUGAAUAGAUGAAAUUCCCGUUCGCAUGUCCAGGUGUUUCACUGGGCAUGUGCGGGAAUCUCACAGUCUAUCUAGUGUGGGCAGAUGACGUAUCCCACAGGGACUUCCUCUACCCACACAAAGAUGGCGGCGCCCUGAAUAUAGAUCGGGGCAGAAAAUAAGGAAUAAAAAAUAGGUAAUGUGGGGGGCUUAGGGGCAUUUGGGGGUGACUAGGGUGUCAGUUAGAUGUAGUGGAUGCCGGAGGGGGGUUAAAAAAACAAAACAGGAUUCGGCAUGACAGUGCUGCUUUAAAGUGACUCUGUCAUAUUUGAGUAUAUAAUAAAGAUAACAUUUUCAUGAAAUAACAAUGUUGGCUAUGUUGAAAUUUCAUUGAAGUACCCGUUCACUAACGAGACAUCAUAAGACAGAGUUACAAGGACUAUUUCUGUCUCAUGAAUUAAGAUGUCAAAAGGCUGAGCUUCCUGCAUCAACGUUUGUUGAAAGUUAAAUUGAUACUAUAGGCACCCAGCCCACUUCAGCUCAAUGUAGUGGUCUGUGUGCACUGUCCCUAUUGCAUUUAGUAAUGCAAUGUAAAAUAUUGCAGUUGCAAAGAAACUGCAAUGUUUACAUUGCAGCACUAAGUUUGCCCACAGUGGCUGUCUACCAAACAGCCACUGGAGGCACUUCGUGGAACCUAACAAACCUUUGGUUCGUUAACUGAUGCUGGAUGUCCUCACACUCAGCAUGAGGACAUUAGCUAUUUCCUGUGGGGGGCCUAAUGCGAGGCACCACUCGGCGUGCAUGUACAUUAGCGCCCGCUCGUCAAGGGACGUCAGAGGAGGUGGAGCCACGACUCAGCGCUGAGGGACAUCAGCGCUGGGAUCAUGUAAAUUAAUAGAGUUUUUAACCCUUUAUUUACUGCUGCAGGGUUGGGCUCGAGGGAGGGGGGAGGUAUGGGGAGGUAGAGGGAGCUAUAGUGCCAGGAAUACAGCUUUGUAUUUCUGGCACUAUAGUAUCCCUUUAAUGAUGGUCUCGAUGAACUGGCAACCAAUCAAAAUAGUUAAUUUAAAGGCAACAGUUUCUCUCUUUGAUACAUCAAGAAGUGUCAAAAUGCAAGAGGCUUAAAAGGUUACUCCAAGCAUUAUACAAACUACAGACUGCUGUAGUAGCAACUCUGGAUCCAGAGCCAAUGCUGUGACAAACUCCUUCCCAUGUGAUUUUGCCACAAGCUCCUAGAGGAGCCUGCUUGCCACUCUCCUGCCCACAGACUAUGGGCCCUGCAGGGAAACCUGUAAAAGACUGUUUAACUGACUUGGUUCGUGCCCUUUCUCUAUUCUGUUCGGGAACCGAACAGGCGCACGGACCCAGGGACGUUUUAGCCGCGAGGCAAACAAGGCAUUUGCCUUGGGUGGCAUUUUCCAGGGGGCGGCAAAAAAGCCACCCCCAAAUGCCAAGGGCAAAUGUCUUGUUAGCCUUGCGGCUAACUGACAAGCCGCGUGGGCGGUAGGUCGGUCGGUGGGUCAGUCAGUCAGGGGGGCAGCGCUGGCAAGGGAGCACUUUCCCCUGAGCUGUCUGCUCAGCUCCCUCGCAGAGUGAUGCUGGGAGCCGGAAUAUGCCCAGGGCAGCACAAAACCAGGAUACACCACUGCAUGGACCAACUGGGAGUUUCUUUGACGGCUUGUAACAGGUUCCAUCGCAGUGUUCUAAUUGUUUGUCUGGGUGGCCGCUGUUCACAUGAACGACCACAAGGUGGCGGCCAUCUUGUUUGCAGGAACUCGGGCAGCAGUGUUUGGUCGUCAAGGUCAUGGAACUGAAAUCAGACACAGAAACUCCUGAACACCACUGGCCAGCAUCGCCUGCGUUCUGUUCUACACCACUUAGAAGGACACUGUUCGGUGGAAACGUUCCCAUGAACAAGGUGAGCAAGCUCCAGGGUAAGCCUAUUUACUCUGUUUGGUAGUUUGUUCAUUUUUAAACUACCAAACUAGACCGACUGCUAGCCAUGAUUUCAUGGAACUGUUUUGGGCAUAGGACCAUGUGCACGGUCAGUCAAAUAGUUGACUUCCAUGAAAAUCCCAUACCCCUGAAUCGAUCUGGGUGAUUUUUGGAUAUGUUGGUCACCCAGAUCGGGGCUAGCAGGGGAUGUAACGUUUGUGGAGUUUUCGUGUAUUUUAUGUCUAUUUUUGGGUGUUUUAUAAAUUGUAUAUUUUUCUGUACCUGGAGAUAAUGGAGUUUGUACAGUUCCUGACUCAAUUAUCUCCCAGGCACAAGGGAGGGAUUAUCCUGUUUUGUGUGGGAGUGUCAUGGGCAUGUUUGACUGUGUCCAUAAAUGUAUAAAAGCAGGCCAUCUGGCCUGAUUAAAGCAUUCCAUCUUGUAUUCCCAGAACUAUGUGUCGUCUGGUUACUGGGAGGGGAAAGGGCUAAUCACUAUUCUAGCUUGUUCCAGUGUGGAGGAUUCAGCAGGAAAAGUCCUUGUAAGGACUAGGACUCCCAGGACUGAGUGUCGUCCAGAACCUCGUAGUGGAUAAAGUGAGUUCCCCCAUUCGGCUUCAGGAUGGAGUGGUUCCAGGACUCCUGUCAAGUCACGGCGACUGGGGGCAGGAGUGCUGUGGUUUGUCCCCUGCGAGGAAGCGGUCUUUGGCGGAGGUUCGCUGCAGGGAGCUCCGUUACAGAUGCCAAUACAGAUUAUCGGUCGCCGAUAAACGGUGCUGAUAUUCUGUACAUUUAAAGUUUUGAAAAAUAAACACACUUUCAACUCAAAUCUGACAUUCACUGAACAUUCUGACAGCCAUCACACUCCCUUCACUCUGAGUAAGUCAGCUCAGUACAUUACAGUAGAUUAUUUAUUGUCUCACCUCCCUGCCCACAGCUGAGCUCCUCAUGUGGAGACUUACAGGGACAGGUGACAUGAGGUUGCAACGUGGCACCUCACUGUCUGGCUACUGGAAUUUUUGGAUGAGAAAGAUGACAUGCAGUAACUGACAUAGGUGAUUAAGUUAACGAUAAAUUACUAGACCGAUACUUAUUAUCGAAAAUAUGCAGAAUAUUGGCUCUAAUAAUAAGCAGAACAGAUAAUCGGUCUAUCCCUAGUAGCAACAGCUUGUCCCCUCACGUCGGUCCCUGUCUGACUCUGAUUCUCCCUGCUGGUUUUGUGACGCAGCUCUGCAGAAGCCACAGUUUGUCACUUAUUCAUGAGAAGGUAAGCUGACUUCUCUCAGCCAAUCGACUGUCAGCACAGAAUUGACAUGAGAGUUCCGGGCUGGCUGAUGAUACCCCUAUGAUGCUGCUGGAGAUACAGACUCCAGACACCAUGACCACUCCAAAUCACUGUAGUAGGUGUAGACCUGAAAGCAAGGGGGUAAGCAGACAAGCUAAAUCCAUUCUCAAGAUAAUUUUAGUUGGCCAGGUGCUGGUCACAAUCUAGUGUCAGGAUCUAGUCGGUAAUGCCUCCUGCAUUUUAUUAAAUAAAGGAACUAAACAAAUUAAGCUCACAUAGGUUUUUUUAAGGGGGCUGAAGUCCCUGGGCCCUGUCUUACCUUUUUCAAAUGCUUGAACACUGAAGUUCGUCCCGGGUACUUGUCUGGACUGUUUUCUGCCUCCUUCGCUCAGCCGCCUUAUGAGAGCAGGAAGGAAAUCACUGGGUGCCUGUGAUUGACUCAGAGCGUCAGCUGACACUCUCAGCCUAUCACUGGCCACCCAGUGAAAGUACAGUACCUUAAAGGACCACUAUAGUGCCAGGAAAACAUACUUGUUUUCCUGGCACUAUAGUGCCCUGAGGGUCCCCCCACCCUCAGGGUCCCCUUCCCGCCCGGCUCUGGGGAGAGGAAAGGGGUUAAAACUUACCUUUCUCCAGUGCCGGGUGGGGAGCUUUCCGCCUCCUCUCCUCCCUUUCGGCUGAAUGCGCACGCGCGGCAAGAGCUGCACGCGCAUUCAGCCAGUCUCAUAGGAAAGCAUUUACAAUGCUUUCCUAUGGACACUUGCGUGUUCUCACUGUGAUUUUCACAGUGAGAAUCACGCAAGCGCCUCUAGCGGCUGUCAGUGAGACAGCCACUAGAGGAUUUGAGGGCUGGAUUAACCCAUUUAUAAACAUAGCAGUUUCUCUGAAACUGCUAUGUUUAUUAAAAAAAAUGGGUUAACCCUUGAUGGACCAGGCACCCAGACCACUUCAUUAAGUUUAAGUGGUCUGGGUGCCUAGAGUGGUCCUUUAAUGUUAGACAGCACCUAAGGACUUCAACCCCAAAGGCAACUUCAUCUCAGUGAAACUGUGUAGUGUCCCUUUAAAUGGGCAACUUGCAGUGAUUAUGUUGCAUUAAUGAUCUUUGAGCUAUUUGACAAAAACCCAAUAUUAUCCCAGUGUUUACAGAACAGCCCCUCUACUGCCAAUGCAGAAAAAAUACAUUUAUUUUUCUUCUUGACUUUUUCACGCACUGAUAUGACAAGACCACUGGCCAAACCUGCCCCCUAUGCACUCAGACUUUAACUUUUAUUCAAAGUUGGAUGGGCUGAUGCAGAAAGCAACUUCCACUUUAACCAAACCCGAAGGAUCAGGCUUUAAAUGUUGGGAUAGCCUUGGCUUUUGUCCAACUGCUGAAGUUUUUUGACACAAACUUGUGGGGUGGCAUCCAAACUAUAGUGGUUAUGCUGCUCAAGUUCAAAUUUAAAUGUAUUAAAAUGAGUGUUGGGCUUGUGCCUUUUCAUUUUAAAUAUGCUAACCUCUUUGAAGAGGAUAAUGUACCAACAAAAAUGCUUUUUGUAUAUAUCUAUAUGCAUUGAAGAGUCACAGCAAAUAUGGAUUUUGUCUUAAGUUGUAAAAUGAAUCAUAAGACUAUGACAAAUUCUGGAGAAUACCACUUCACUGAACAUUUGUGAACAUUCCACCAAGUCAUAAAUUCACAAAUGAUGAAUUACUUGUACUAGAAUCAUAGAAUUCUUGGCAAGCGUUUCCUGUGCCGCAACCACACAUUAGACGUCCUACCUGCAUUGUUUAAAUUUUAAGCACAGGCUAUUAAUUUUUCACAACAUAAAUGAUGACCUGGGGCAUAUUUGCUACCUUCACCUCUAAUAGUACAUAGUACAAGCUAUUACUCUUAAAAACACAUACUGCCCUUUUCUAAUUGAACUGCAGGAUCAAUAUCCAGUACUUUUUCUCAUAUUAUUCCCAAGCCCCGAAUUGACUGUACAACUUUUUGAAAUGGGAGGUGUAAACAAUAUGCUAAUUAAGGAUUUAACAGAAAAUGAGAGAUGUUUAGAUUGGCCAGGUUUAACAGAGAGGUUUCCAGGAAUGGGAAGAAAUAAUGACACUAACAAGAUUAUUCACUAAAGUGAGAAUUCAAAAUGAAUUUAAUGUUUGAGGCUAUAGUAGCUGAAUAGGAAGAAAAGCUUACUGAGAGAAUGUUUAAAUUUUGGCUAUUUUUACCUUAAAUUUUAAAUUCAUUUUGAUUUCUCACUUUAGUGAACAACCUCGUGAGAACAAAACCAAAAGAGGGUCAAGGAAGCCAGAAAUACACAACCACAGAUAAACUAGAGAUGGUAGAAAUAAGAGAUGUCAGAAAUAAGGAAACUAAAAUAGUAGCCAAGUCAUAACGAAAAUAAAAAACCUGAAUUAUAGAACAUACUGUUAGACAGAAAGAGCCUUAAUGACUAAUUAUCCAAUGGGCAAACAGCUAUAGAAAGGAAAUGGCUUCAGAACUUAUGAGUUUAGUGGCAGAAUAUCUGAAAUGUACUGGACACAUGCAUGAGUCCACUGUCCUAGACACAGUUGUAGAACUUACACGUACCCAUCAAUUCUAUUUAUGUAAUGGAAUAUAUAAAGUCAUUAUUUGUUCUUAAACAGAAAUUGAAGUGACUGAAUUAAACAGUGAGACUUUAGGCAAGAUCUAUAUACCAAAAAUGCUUCAUUAAAGGGCUACUGCAAAACUUUGUAGGGGAGACUUUCCUGUGUAAAGUGCCUUAUUGGACAAUGUAGAGAAGAUCUUGAACCCAGAGCCAGGCUUAGCUCCUGGUGCUGACUUUCACAACUCUCUGACGUCACAGGGGCCUUGCACGGUCCAAUAACAGGAUUCUCAUAGAGAACCUGUUUUCGCAGUGACAACAGAUGCAAAAUAUGCACAGAAUUGACAUUAGCAUCCUGUGCUGCCAAUAUCAUGUUUGUUGGGGAUCCAAUAGGUCCCCAGCACACAAUUAAUAGGGAUGUGUAUGGGGAAAAAUUUCAGUUUGGUACGGCAUUCCGAAAUUUGGGACUUCAGCCAUUCGGGACUUCGACACUUCGGAACUUCUGCAGCUUCGACACUAAUUGCAGGGCGGGGCACGGCUUUAUAAGCCUUCCCCCGCCCUGUAGAGCUCAGUCAGCGCGGAGCCCUCCAUGGGUGAACAUUGUUUUUGUUUUUUGCGCUCGUUUUGUUUUUUGGGGCAGAAAAAAAAGAUUUUAGAAGAAAGAAGACAUCAAAUGGUAAUUUUUUUAAAUUUUUUUUUACUAGUAUCUAGAUAAUGGUCCCCCCUCAUUAUUUUUAGGAUGAGGGGGGUAAAAAUUUAUUUAGGGCCCCCACCCAGGACAAUAGGCCCCCCCUUAUUCUAACUUAGGGCCCCCACCCGCCGCUCAUGGGUGGGGCAGUGGUGUAUCCUGGUUUUGUGCUCUUGGGUGGGGCCCAGAGGGGAGGACAAUAGGUUCCCCCCCUUAUUCUUCUUUAGGGGUUUUUUUUUUUUUUUUUUUUUACACAGGCUGCUCACUGUUUACUAAACAUGACCCUACUCGCGGUAUAGCGAGUAGGGGCAUAAUUUACUGAUACUAAGUAAUCUUUACUUAUUAGUAAAUUUGGCUGAAAGACCAAUUUAGGUCUUUCAGCCUUUUAGUAGAUAGCUCCCUAAUACCGUGGGAAUUAGGGAGUUAUCUACUUAUUCAUUCCUGUCAUUACAUUGACUGGCUAAGUAACUUACAUUGUAUAUGAAUGUGUGUUACUUGAUUGUUGUAAGUGUUGCAAAUGCUUACAGCUGAAUCAUGGCUAUGUUUGUAUACUUUUUAUUUAAAAUUGUAUAUAGUGUAACAUUUUUCAUUCUUCCACUGGGUAAGUAUAUUAGUACUUAGGCAAUACUGUACUUCGGAAAUUCUGCAAUUUUGGGACUUUGGCAAUUCGGCACUUCGACAAUUCAGGUAUUCGGAAGUACCCGAAUGUCUGAAUUGCCCGAAAUUUGGCAGAAUUUAAAUUCGGACCGAAACGAAUUGCACAUGUCUAACAAUUAAACAUAUAUAGGUAUGUGCAAUGUUUUAAAGCAGAAACACUGCAUAUACAUACUCCUUCUACCACGGCCACUUUAAAUCACUGAAGUGGUCAUUGUGGUUGGAAAAACCCUUUAAGCUAAAGUGACUAUAGUGUCUCUAAUGCAUAGGACUACUAAACUAUCAACCCCUUUUUUUAAUUCUGUAUGCAUGUCCCUUUAACUUUGUUUUUUCUUCACACGUCUGGAUAUAUUAAAAAAAAUUUAAUUACUUUUUUUACUCUUUGUAUGAUUUGUUACUGCUGUUGGGAUCAAUAUAGACUGACACAUUCAAUAUAUUUGUGUCUAAAUAUAUAUCUUUAUGCCUGUAUCAUGUAAACAUAUAAUGCAUAUUUAUUUGUGUAUAUUGUGUAGCACCUCUGUGUGCAACUUUAGACCCACAAGAUCAGUCAUCUACAAGUUUAACUGUUCAUGUUGGGGCUGACAAGGUUACUUGUGGGGACGCAAUUCGAUUUUGCAGAUACCUGUACGUCUCCUUUAUAUGAGCACCAGAGUCUUGAAAAACUAUGUUCAAGUGAAACACACUGGUUUGGAUUCUCUGUCCUACAGAGCUCAAGCUGCUAAUUCUGAGUGUUUUUUUUUCUACCGAACGAGGCUAAGGAAUUCCAUUCCGACACUGACCAAGCAGUGUCGGAUCCCGAUUUAAACCAGAUAUCCAGCCCAUCAAUCGUUACCGGAGCCCAUUACACUAUUAUCCCAUGGUUCCCAAACCCUCUGGAAAGUCACGGUUGUUCCUCUUAGUCUAGCAGUCAGAUCGUCCAUAAUUCUGCUUUCCUUUAUCCUAGAAAUCACCCCCCUAAACUCCGGGCCUCCAGGUGAUAGCCACGCCGUUGCCACAGCUCUGUGUGCACUUAAAGUUAUCGCCCGUACCAGUUUCUGCUCUCUUUUUUUUCUACCUUUUUAUUAAUCUAUCACUACUUGUUAUAUUUGAUUUUUUUAAGAAGCAAUGAAUAAUGCUGUUAUAACAAAGUGAAAGAAUUUUGCUGUGACCUCUAUAUUCCUUGAUGAGCAUUUACUGGUUCAUUAGAAAUGUAGAUGCCUCUGGGCCCAAUUUACAGCUACUACUCCUUUAAUUUCUGUAAUUAUAUUCUUAAAGGGGAACUGUAAGUGCUGUAACCACUACAGCUCAAGGUAGUUUGUCUAUGGUGCUGUAAGUCAAUAGGCGCCAUCCCCUGGUUUUCUGUACCUGUUUGACAAAAGAACAGGACUCUCGGGGCACUCCUAGCAUAUCCCCUCUGCAGUUCCAUUGACGAUGUAAAAUUUACAUUAAUGCAAAUCCAUCCAAUCUUGGAUGGCAAUAAUACAGUGCAAGUCAUGGAGAAAAAAAACAAUAAAACAUACCUUCAGACCUAAAGGUAGUUUUAACAUAUUACACAAACAGUCUAAAAAUGAUGGUAUAAAUUCGUAACCUUACAAAAAUUUAAUUAGUAAUUUCUGUACUUGUGUUUUAUAUUGAUUUGAAUAGUACUUGAAAUCCCUACCUUUCAUUUAUAAAUUAUUAGUGCAGAAAGCUUCGCAGUGAUCUAGCCAGGGUCAGUGUAAUUGGCAAAAAUAAAUUCUUUAAAAUGUGAAAAUCAAACAAAUGCAACUAAAUGCCUGGGAGAACACACAAAAAGGAACUCUGAUACAUUUCAUCAUGUUAUCUUUCUUUUUUUUUUUUUCUUUUUCUUAAACUUUUUUUUUGUCAAUCUUUAUUUUUUGCAGUGCUCAAUUUAACAAACAGGCUGUUGCCACAACAGCAGGUACAAGCGAAGGAAAAAUUACAGAGUAAACAAUAUCAUGGCAUUCAAUAUCAGCACAAUUUUUGUUAAUAAAGUCAAGCUAGGUAGAUAUGUCUAAAGCAUUAGCUUAAACUAGGCGGGUAUAUACGAAAGGUAUGUUAGACAUCGUGAUUAAUAACUAGUGAGAAAUAGUAUGAUAAGACAAGCUUAAUUCGGUGGCCAGGGCGACAUGCUAAACUGCACAUUAUUGAACAAUAGGAUGUCAGGUUAGCUACACGUGUCUACCGAAUUGGACGGUGCUGGGGAUUACAUGGUGAGUGUAUGUCAGAAACGCUAAUUGGUCAGUUAGGAUGAACUGGGCACAUAACUUUGUAUAGAGGCAAUGGAACAUGCUUAUAUAGUAUAAGAACAAAACUAACCACUCGAGAGGGUCGCAUGCAUCAUUUUCCUGGCUCUAGGGUGAGGAAGGGGUUAAACUUUCCUCUUUCUCCAGCGCUGGGCGGGGAGCUCUCCUGCCUCUUCUUCCGUCAACGGCUGAAUGCACAUGGUGAUCUAAUUAUUAUUAGUUAAUUUCUUGCAGAUUAUGUUAAAAAUAUAGGGGCAAACAUUUUUCUGCAUGCUAUAUUUUGCAUUUUCUGCACAUAUUGUACAGGCAAGUGAAUAAAUAGCUCAUACUUGGAGUCGGAUGUUGCCUAUAAUUGUGGCAUAACUCUUAAAGGACCACUAUAGGCACCCAGACCACUUCAGCUCAAUGAAGUGGUCUGGGUGCCAGAUCCAUCUAGGAUUAACCCUGCCUGCUGUAAAUAUAGCAGUUUCAGAGAAACUGCUAUGUUUACAAAUGGGUUAAUCCAGCCUCUAGUGGCUGUCUCAUUGACAGCCGCUAGAGGCGCUUCGGGGCUUUUCACUGUGAUUUUCACAUGUAAUGACACAGGUCUAAGUAAUGAUAUGUAGAAAUGAAUGACAAAACAUGUACCGUUAAAUAUAGUAGUAAUACAGUGGAUUAUGAUUGAGAUUGUUGUUGACAUUUGUGAGGAAUCUUAGACCAGGUACGUCUCAAAGUUUAGAACCCACUGAGAGGUGGGGGGCUGUAUGAGGCCGUGGAGGCUGAAUGAGGCCUCAAGGGAAAACGUAAAAUGGUAAACCUUCUUACUUUUUACCAAAAUGCGGGAUACUGGGUACCUCUUAUUGGAGCUUAGUUUGAAGAAAAGUAUAAGUACUAGCAAGGUGGUGUAGGUUUGUGUGAUUGAUGUUUACUAGCCAUGAGGAAUUUCAGAUCUGGCCCGUUUGAAGUUUAGAACCCACUUUGGGAGGUGGGGGGCUGAAUGAGGCCUCAAGGGAGAACGUCAAAUGGUAAACCUUCUUACCUGUUACAGAAAUGUGGGAUACUGGGUACCUCUUCUUGGAGCUUUGUUGGAAGAAAAAUAUAAGUAGUAAAACCCAAAAAACAUAUGCAGUCCAAGUGUAAGGAACUUAGGUUUUAUCCCCUUAAGGACACAUGACAUAUGUGACAUGUCAUGAUUCCCUUUUAUUCCAGAAGUUUGGUCCUUGAGGGGUUAAAUGGUCUGUAAAGAGCCUGGUGAAAAAGGACCAUAAGGCUUAACCUAUGAGCGGAGAGACUUUAGUUGUGUAGAAGACUAAUACAUAAGAGAAAGUACAAAAGCCUAAGUCCCAGCAGGGUAUGAUAAUGCCUGGAGGUGUAUUUUUUUGAAUGUAACUGAUAAGAGAAAAGUGGUCAAACUGUUCUUUAAGAAGAUUUACCCUGUAAAAGAUAGGAGUCCCAUAAUUAUGUGACCAUGGGCAGGAAAAUUAGAAACACAUAUUAUUUAACCAGUGGUGACUUUAAGAGCCAUGUAAUAAAUACACAUAAAUCCAAAUAGGAUGAAUAAUGCGAGUGCUUAUUUACAUGAAAGCAAACUAUGUACAAUUACAGAAGAUUUGAGAAUUUAAACAUUGUAGCCUCUUGCUUUCGGUAAACGAAUGAACAGGAGAACUGUAAUGAGAAAGAACUCCUGUGUUCGGUUAAAUGGAGCAUACAAACAAAUUUUAAACGAAAGCCAAUGUAUAUGUGUUCGGCUGAACUACUGAACGGAUAAAAAUAGUCGAACGUAAGUUUUAGUGCGGUCGGUAGUUAGUUUAUACGAAAAUGUAAGCGACAGGAGUGUGUACUCUGCGGUCGGCUGUUAGCCGCAUGAACGCAGAAGUACACGAACGGAGUAAGAGCACAAAUGGGUUAGUAAUGAAGGGAGCCUAUCCCCACGUUUUUAGGCCCGAACGUGGGAAAUAGCCGAACGCCAUUUCCCACGUAUAUGCUUACGUGGAUGUGCCGGUCUCGUGACCGGAAGCCGGGUAGCGAGCGACGAGGUCGGGUAGAAGCCAGUGGACGGGCACGGAUGACGGAGUCAGGAGCUGCUGGCGGCAGACUGCUUGCUGGAGACUGCUUGAGACAGGACUUGGCGGGAACAACGAACCAGAAGUGCAGGUAACUAUGGAGACAAACAGCUUGCACGACAAAGGUAAGUGGGGCGGGGGGGGGUAGGGUUUAUAUAGGAUCAUAACUCCUCCCACAAAUUCAGGCUAAAUGGCCUUUAUAUAUAUAUAUAUAUAUAUAUAUAUACACACACACAGGGCCGCCACCAGAAUUUUUGGGGCCCCUAACUCAGCUCAGGGUAUGGGCCCCCUGGGUCCGCCUCCAAAUACCGCCCACAGGAAUACACACACACACUGAUACAAAAGGACACAGAUACAUACUAACAGACACACAUACUGAAACAGACAUACACACAUACAUACUGACACACACAUACUGAGACAUACACACAGGCAUACAUAGUGACAGACAGACACAUACUAACAUACAUACAAACACACAUGCAUGAGGACAUAAAGACACAUACAUACAUACAGACACAGACAUACAUACUGACAGACAUACAGACACUGACAGACAUACAUUCAUAAUGGCAUACAGACAUAAACAGACAUACAUUCAUAAUGGAAUACAGACAUACAUAUAUUCAGACUGACAUACAUGCAUAUAUACAGACAAACUGACAGACAGACAUACACACAGACAUACGUUCAUAAUGAUAUGCAGGCAUACAUUCAUACUGACAUACAGACAUACAUAUAUACAUACAUAGACAUGCAUACACACAUACAGACAUACACAUACAUACAUACAUAGACAUACAUGCAUGCAUACAGUCAGACAGACAAACAUAGACAUAUAGACAUGCAUACAGACAGACAGACAGACAAACAUACAUAGACAUACAUGCAUGCAUACAUACAUACAGAUAGACAUACAUACAUACACAGACAGACAUACAUACACAUACAGACAGACAUGCAUACAGACACACACACACACACACAGCUCAUUUUCCAGCCACCCUCCUGUCUCUUACCUUUUCUUUGCAGGAGGGUGGCUGGGGAUGAUGGGAGUUGGUCGGCUCCCUCUUCACUGCCUGGCUCUCCCUCUUCACCGGCGCACGCGCUCCUCCCGCGCGGAGUGGGCUGGAAGGAAGUGACCACUUCCUCCCAGCAGCACUUGCGGCUGCUUUUUUAAAAAAUUUUUAAAGGGGCCCGGUCGCUGCCACAUCGCUGACCGGGCCGCUGAAGAUAUAGGGCCCCUGAUGGCGGCCCUGUGUGUGUAUAUAUAUAUAUAUAUAUAUAUAUAUAUAUAUAUAUAUUUAUAUUAUUAUGCUACGAAAAAACAUUGGUAAUGGCAAAAAGAUUGUUAAACAAAAACUAAACAGAUUCUUCUGCAAUAAUACAUUUCUAACACGACCCCUGAGAGUAGCUGUGUGAUUACAGGUAAGACUAGCAAAUAUAGAAAAACAUAUAGAAAGCUAAUUUUGAUUCCUUAGUGGAAAAGACUCCCUUGUUCUCUGUAUGGUCAGUGCCUGUCUGCUUUCUUUAAACAAGGAACUGAAUAAACGGUUAGGUAUGUGGUACUCUGAAAAGAGGGUUUGUCUUAGAAGGGUACCACGUCUUAAAGCGGCACUGUGCCAACGAAUAUAUGUGUUCAGAAUGCUUGAACUAGCCAUUUCCAUUUACAUAGUGAACAGCAGCUGGAAGAUUUUAGCUCCUUAUCGAGAUCAUGCUCCUCGUCCUUUUUAUUAUAGGUACUUUCUUAUUUUUUUUUCUCUAUUUGCGUUAAUUUGCCAGGUAGUAUUUUAAGAAUAAUCAGAUUUCAAAGACUUGCUUUGUGUAUAAGUUUAUUGUGGAAGGGAAGUUCUAAUCAAGAUAAAUGUAGAUGCUUAUUAUUUUAUAUUCUCAUAUUAACCUGACUCUUUCUAUGAAGUUUUAGAUGUAUAGAUAUAGGUAUUUGCUAAUCAAUUGAAUAUGUUGCACCUUUAGACUACCGUUCAUUAAUAUUUAACUCCUGUGAUGGCAAAUUCUACUGUUGUGUCCAAACAUUUAAAACUCCUAAUUUCUGCUGUAAUUUUUAUCAUUAACCACAAUGUUAUUUAAAAAUGGCAAUAUAGUAUUUUUCAAAUAAAUAACGUCUUUUUAAUAAAAUAAAAAAAAGCAAAGCACCAGCAUCUAUGUAAUCCCAAUUGCAUAAAUUACUAUUAUUCAGAAUGUAUGCUGUGGUUUGCUCCAGCUGGAAAGAAUUCAGGGUUAGGAAUUAAAGAUUGUUUUCAGAAUUAACAUUUUUCUUAGUGCAGUAGCUACCCCACCAUCCCCCCAAAAAUAUAUACAUUACAAUUUAAUCAUCAAUUUGAAUUUUCCAUUUUUUCUGAGGUUUUAUAUAAUGAUUUAUUAACUAAAUCGUAUAGAUUGGUAAAAUGAAAACCAAUGCAAUCUUUAGGUCAGAGUAGCUGAUUUGGAAAUGUCUCAAUAUAGUCAUAUGCAUGUAGGGAGCCAGAGGAAUGCCCAAGGGGUUUGUGCUUGUGAGUUGCUAAUUUUUUUGCCUGCAAGAAAUUUCUUAUAAAACUACAUGUUUGCAUAGCUUUUUCCACAUAUAUAAAAAAAAGUCUUUCUGUUUUAAACUGUUUAAGAAAUGAUUUAACUUUUUAUUUUAAAAUAUAAAUUAUGACAAGUAAAUAAAAUACUUUAGAGUGUUUUCACUGUCCAUUCUGAAAUAAAUGGGAAUGAUGUGGUUUUUCAUAAAUCUGUAUGAAGCAAGUUUUUUCUGUCUACUUGUUGGAAGAGGGAGACAAAGGGUUGAAACUAAGGUGCAAAUGUGUCCACACCCCAUAUUUUGUAAAAGAAAUGUUGUUCUAUAUGACAAAUUGUUGCCCUUCAGUUGCCUGCAGUGUACACCUUAAAUUUUAUUCAGCAGAAGUUCAAUACCAUGGCUAUGGUGUGCAGACACUGUCUAUGUCUGUUAAACGACCACCAUCCUUAGGUUGCCAAAAAAAAAUCAUCCAGAUAAAUAGCAGGAACAUUAGGAUUGGUCAAAUCAACAGUUUGGUACAUUCUGAGAAAAAGAACGCACUGGUGAUCUCUGCAAAACAAAAACGCCUGGACGUCCAUGGAAAACAACAUGGAAAACAACAGUGGUAGAUGAUCGUAGAAUCGUUUCCAUGGUGAAGAAAACUCCUUCACAAUAUCUAGCCAAGUGAAGAACAUUUAUCCAGGAAGUAGGCAUAUCAUUAAGUUUACCAUAAAGAGAAGAUUUCACAACAGCAAAUACAGAAGGUUCAUCACAAGGUGAAAACCAUUCUUGCGCCUCAAGAAUAGAAAGGCUAGAUUAGACUUUGCCAAAAAACUUCUAAAAAAGCCAGCAAAGUUCUGGAACAGGACUCUUUGGACAGAUGAAGCGAAGAUCAACCUGUACCAGAAUGAUGGGAAGAAAAAAAGUAUAGAGAAGGCUUGGAAUUGCUCAUGAUGAUUCAAAGCAUACCCAAAUCAUCUGUAAAACACGGUGGAGGCAGUGUGAUGGCAUGAGCAUGCAUGGCUUCCAAUGGCUCUUGGUCACUAGUGUUUAUUGAUGAUGUGACUAAAGACAGAUACAGCUGGAUAAAUUUUGAAGUUUAGAAUUCAUAUUCAGCCAAAUUCAGCGAAUUUUAUUGGAUGACGCUUCACUUUACAAAUGGACAAUGACCCAAAACAUGCUGUGAAAGCGACACAGGAGUUUUUCUUAAAGCAAAGAGGUGUCAAUCACCUGAUCUCGAGCAAGCAUUUCACUUGCUGAAGACAAAACUUAAAGCAACACUGUAGGGUCAGGAAAACAAAAAUGCAUUAAUUACCCUAUAGUAUUGAAACCACUAUCUAGCCCCCCUGCCCCCAUAAAUAUAGCAAAAUCUUAAAUUUAAUCCAGUCUGCUGCUGCUGGCGCUGCUCCUGACCUGCCGGCUUGGUUGACAUCAUCAGAAGUGAUUCUCUUAGCCAAUCACAAUGCAUUGGAUUGGCUGAGUUUGUCAGGAAGGUAGAUCAGGGGCAGAGCCAGCACAAGCCAAACACAGCCCUGGCCAAUCAGCAUCUCCUCAUAGAAAUGCAUUGAAUCAAUGCAUCUCUAUGAGGAAAGUUUAGUGUUUCCAAGCAGAGGGUGGAGCCACUGAAUGUAAGUGCUUCACAGUGUGCAGCACUGCUCCAGGAAGCACCUCUAGUAGCCAUCUGAGGAUUAGCCAGUGAAGGUAUCCCUAGGCUGUAAUGUAAACACUGCAUUUUCUCUAACAAAACAGUGCUUACUGCAUGAGAAUGGUUAUACUCACCAGAAUAAAUACAAUAAGUUGUAGUUAUUCUGGCGACUAUAGUGUCCCUUUAAGGCAAAAAGACCCACAAACAAACAAAAACUGAAGACAGCUGCAGUAAAGGCCUGGAAAAGCAUCACAAAGUAAGAAUCCCAGCGUUUGGUGAUUUCCAUGUAUUCCAGACUUCAAGCAGUCAUUGUCUGCAAAUGAUUCUCGACAAAGUAUUAAAUAUUUACAUUUUACUUAUGAGUUGGUUAAUUUGUCCAAUUGCAUUUGAGCCUCUGAAAUGACAAGACUGUGUAUGAAAAUAGUUACAAAUCCUAAACAUUUCAUAUUCUAUUUUUGUUCAAUCUCUUGAAUUAAAGCUUAAAGUCUGCACUUCAAUUCAUCUCAGUUGGUUCAUUUCAAACCCAUUGUUGUGGUGUGCAGAGCCAAAAUUAUGAAAAUUGUGUCAGUGUCCAAAUAUUUCCAGACCUAACUGUAUAUUGGUUAUUGAUUGGUGAUUAUAUAUAUAUAUACUUUUAGAAGGUUAACUUUAGCACAGUUUAUGGAAUAUCCAGAUGAUGAUGAUCAUUUCAGUAUCUUUUUAAAAGUGACAAUCCUGCAUAUUUCUUUAAACGUAUAUUUUUAAAUUUGUAACGUUCUCAGCUGUUUUUUCUGUGCACCUAUUUUCUUUUCUUUUCUUUUCAUAUAUUAUUUUAUCUUUUUAUUUCUACAGUCUCCAGAUGGUUGCCUGUUAGCAUGCAGCUUAAGACAGGAACACAUAUACAUCCAGGUAAAAUAACUCAUCAUUAUUAUUAUUAUAUCUUUUCUUAAAUAUCUGAGUGCCCAGAGGUUGAAUAAUCCAUUGAAAUGGGUUAUGAAAUAAUUUUUUUAUAUAUAGGAACAACUAGUAAUUUUGUGGUAUUACCCAUAUCAGAAACACUACAUAGAUUCCUUGGCAUUUUUAGAAACGAAAAUAUGUGUACUUUAAUUAUAGUUAUUAAAGUAUGUAUCUGCCUUUACUUAUCCAGUUCCCAAGCGCUUUUAUACCACAAGACACUCCCUUGUACAUCAUAUGAUGGUCUAGGGCAGGCUCUUUGAGGAUAGAGAAAUUGCAGUGUAUGCUGCAAAAAGCAACUUAAUUGAACCUUGGAGAUCUAAAAAGAAAGACAUAUGGAACAGAUGGGACUGGUUUAUUUUAAGAAACUGUAUUUCAUUUAAAUAUUUUACAUACAGACCAACCGUGUACCCAUUAAAUGUUAAUAAUAUGUUUGUUUUUAAAGUGUACACACAAAUUGGUUUUACAUUAAUCUUCAAAGGGACAUUACAAAUUAUAGGUAAAGUUCAAACAGUACACCAAGAAAUACACACGGAUAAUGAAACAACACUGUUUUUGUGUAAUAUUUAAUAAUACUUUCCUGUACACGCUAUUUAUUUUUACACUGUUGGUCUGUACAUCUUGAUGUUUCACUAUAAAUGGUCUUCUGUGUUGUACUUUUUUUAGUUUGUGGCUGUGUGUGGGCCCAGAGGCUUACCUAGAUUCAACCAUUGGUAGAUUUGUAAUUGGGAUGAAUGGGAAGGCAUUCAAGCUUGCCAGGCUGACUGACAGCCUCUCAACUGGCCCCCUAUGCAGUGCAAUGCAAAGAGUGCUGCUGAAGCACUCUCAGCAUGGUCCUAGUGCACAGCUAAAGCAGAUAGUUUGGUGGUGUCCCCAGAUGUGGGACACCAGGGAACUAAAUCUGGACAAUAGGACAGGAUCCUGAAAUCUGGUCUGUCCUGCCAAAAGUGGGACAGUUGGGAGCCCUGUAGAAUGCAUGGCACCCAGGAUGGAAUUGUAUGUUGGCACACCCAAAUCCCCCUGCGCUGCCCUGACCUGUACAUUUUUGUCACCACUUACCCUCUCACCCCCUUGUAUAUAUCUCAUGACUUUCCCUGUUUCUCUCUCUCUUUUUCAUCUACCCUCUUGUGCAUAUCUUAAACCCUCUUUACCCCUUUGGUGUCUUAUCCUACCUUUUGUAUCACUUACACUCUUUUAUGCAUUUCUACCCCUUGUUUUGUGUGUCUUAUCCCCCUUUGUCUUUUUUGUCAGUUAAUAUCCCCAUGUGUCACCUAAUAGCCCCAUGUGUGUCUCUUAGCCUCCCCUUUUCUGUAGAAAAUUAUACAUUCCACUGUUACCAUUUUUGAUUAUAAAUUCUAAAUCAAAAGUAUAUUAUGAUUGAUUGUUGACAAAUGCAUACCUAGAGCUUAUACGAGUGUAAUGUGGUCAAUGUUUACCAAAAAUAAAAUCCGUUUCCUGCAUGUUCUGAAUUUUUAAUCGCGUGAUAUUUAUUUUUAUUUUAAGAGUUUGCAGUGCACCUAAUUGCAGGUGCCCAAGGCAGAGAAGAUGAUUUAAAUGCUAAAAAUCGUAAAAGGAUCAUGCCUAAUCCCUUGACGGAACCUCCUGCAAUAGAUCCUCUCUACGAAGCAAGCCUGUACUGUAAUACCCUAGGAAUAACAGUGAGAAGCAUGGAAGGUAUUAUAUUCCCAAACAUGUAUACAUAAACUAGAUUGAUGAUAAAUUCAAAAAGAUAAAAUGAAGAGGGAAAAAAAUGUAUUUAAAACGACGACACUGCAGUUCCAGAUAAAGCUGUACCGAUAAUAUAUAAGUUGCAUGAAUGUAUCUUUGAAAAAUUGGUCUUUCUAUCAGUAUUUUACUCUCUCAUGGAGCCUAUUCUGUAUUUAAAGCGGUACUGUCAUGCCGAACUUACCUUUCCUCAAUCUCUUCCUCUUCUCCUCCUCUCUCAGGAUCUGUUUUUCUUUUCUUCCUGUCUUCUUUAGUUUUCUUUAAAAUCAUAAGACAAAGUAGGGACUCUUUGCCUUAUGGAGGUUUCCUCCGCUUGACCAGCUUUGACCAGUGGAGGAGCAAAGUGUGCUUCAUUUCCGCUGGUCAGAUAAAUUUUCCCAUAAUUCUUACCUUUCCUCUGUGAUCUCGCGAUGCUUCCUGUCAUUUUAGACGAAACUGCCGAAUUGUGUUCUAACUGAAUGAGAACAGUAUGUUCGUUUGUUUUAGAACUCAAUUCGGCACUUUCGUAUCGGAAUUUCAUUUGAAUGAAUUAAACAUUUACUAAUACUAAGUAAAGAUUACUUAGUAUUAGUAAAUGAUCUGCCCCUACUCGCUAUACCGUGAGUAGGGGCAUGUCUAGUAAACAGUGAGCAGCCAGUGGCUGCUCACUGUAAAAAAACCAAAAACUAAAAAAAAAAUAUUGGCCCCACCCCUGCGCGGUGGGUGGGGGCCAUAAAUUACAAUGGGGGGUGGGAACCUACGAUACUUCACCCCCCCCGGCCCCCACCCUUGAGCAGUGGGUGGGGGCCAUAAAGAUAAUGAGGAGGGGACCUACUGUCCUCCCCCCACCGGCCCCCACCCCUGCGCGGUGGGUGGGGGCCAUAAAUUACAAUGGGGGGACCUACUGUCCUCCCCACCCCUGCGCGGUGGAUGGGGGCCAUAAAUUACAAUGGGGGGACCUACUGUCCUCCCCACCCCUGCGCGGUGGGUGGGGGCCAUAAAUUACAAUGGGGGGACCUACUGUCCUCCCCCCAGGCCCCCACCCUUGAGUGGUGGGUGGGGACCAUAAAGAUAAUGAGGGGGGAUCACUUACUGUUCUCCUCCACCCCUGGGCGGCGGGUGGGGGCCCUAAGACAAAUCCCCCCCCCCCAUCAAAGGUGAUUAGGUCCCCAAGCCCCUAGUCACCCACCCCCCCACCCAAAAAAAAAAGUUACCCCCUAAAAAUAGUGAGGGGGGAAAAAAUAAACCUGUAAAGAAAAAUUAUGACUUUUUCUUGUCUCCCAAAAAAGCCAAAUAAGCCAUCACCUGUCGAACUUUAAAUAAAAAAAAAACCCGAGCCUUGAGCGCAAAAAAAAUAAUCCAUCUUCACCCAUGGAGGGCUCUGUGCAGAUUGAGCUCUGCAGGGCGGGGAAGUCUUAUAAAGCCUUGCAUGCCCUGCAAUUAGGCUAAGAACACUCUGGUUGGUUUAAGCCAGAGUGCUUUGUGUCUGCGCGGAGCCCUCCAUGGGUGAAGAUGGAUUUUUUUUGCGCCUGGUUUUUCUUUUCGCCUGUUUUUUUUUUCGCCGGGUUUUUUAUUUUAUUUAAAGUUCGACAGGUAUGAUGGUUUCUUAUUUGGCUUUUUUGGGGGCUGAAAAAAUGAAGAUUUUAGAAAAAAGAAGACGUCAAAUGGUAAGUUUAAUUUUUCUUUACAGGUUAGUUAUUUUAUUCCCCCCUCACUAUUUUUUAGGGUGAGGGGGGUAGGUAUGGGGUAAUUUUUUUUUUGGGGUGGGAAGGUGGGUGACUAGGGGUUUGGGGGCCCCUAGUCACCUUUGAUGGGGGCGGGGGGAUUUGUCUUAUGGGCCCAACCCACCGCGCAGGGGACGACAGUUGUCAUUUAGGGGCCCCACCCACCGCGCAGGGGUGGGGGCCGGAUAGUAGUUUUUGUUUUUUUACAGUGAGCAGCCACAUGCUGCUCACUGUUUAGUAAACAUGCCCCUACUUGCGGUAUAGCGAGUAGGGGCAUUAGGGAGAUUUUAAUCUCCCUUAUGCUAUUAUGGGGGUCAUAUUGACCCCCCAUAGAGUGAGGGAGGACAUGGGUGGCUUAGGAAGUGGCGGGGAGCACUGCUCCCUGCUGCUUCUAUAGUUACAUAUUACAAGGAGGGAGCUGCGCGCCGGUAGCUCCCUCCUUGUAAUAAACUGCACGAACAAACGAACACUGAUAUUCAGUGUUUGUUUCGUCUGACAUUUCUAUUCAUUCAUUCGUCUUUCUGAUGAAUGAAUGAAUAGAUGAAAUUCCUGUUCGCAUGUCCAAGUGUUUCACUGGGCAUGUGCGGGAAUCUCAGUGCUAUCUAGUGUGGGCAGAUGACGUGUCCCACAGAGACUUCCUCUACCCACACAAAGAUGGCGGUGCCCCGAUUAUAGAUCGGGGCAGAAAAUAAAGAAUAAAAAAUAGGUAAUAUGGGGGGCUUAGGGGCAUUUGGGGGUGACUAGAGGGUCAGUUAGAUGUAGUGGAGUCGGGAGGGGGGGUUAAAAAAAAAAACAGGAUUCGGCCAUGACAGUGCCGCUUUAAGCUGUAGUAAUUAAACAUAAGAAGAAAGAGAACUUUUUAGUAAAAACCUUAAUUUCUAUGUAACAUGAUUCUGUGCCCACAGGCUCAUACCUGACAGUCAAAAAUGUAUCCUGCCUCUCCUACCAUAUAAGUUUUAUACUUAAGUAAUUUGUAUUAUGUGCAUGGAGUUCUUAAACCUAUCUAUACAGCACUGGCCAGUUGUAGAAAUAGCAGCACCAAAUGUACAGGUACACUUUGAUCAUGAUCAAGUGAGGUUUACACUUGGUUGUUUUUGCUUGCUUUCUUGACUGUCCUACUUAAGGCAGAGCAGGAUUAACCAGAAGGCGAUCCUAUGCGGCUGCAUUAUCCAUCCCUAUAUGAAGAAUUAAGGGCACAAACUGGUAACCUGCCUAGGACCCUUAGUAAUCCUUCUCUGAUCUAUGGAGAUACCUCACUUUGUUCAACGUACUGUAGUGACUCCACUUCUGGGUUUACUCAUCAGAUUGGAUUCUUAAUCUAACUUGAAAGGUUUAUUGUAUGCGUCCCUUGAUACAUGUGUCUACCUCCUGGAUUAUCCACAGCAUUGGGACUUCUAUUGAACUACACCUUUCCUGUCCUCACAACAAGUACACAAAUUUUUUAAACUAUUGUGUUAAUCACUUACUUACACUGUAAAAAAAGUCACCAAGAGCUUGCUAAUGUAUUUCACACUACACAGUGCUUAAUCACAGGCUUUCUCAAAGAGACUGAUAACGUGGUGUGAUCUCAAGUGGGCUAACUCAACUAGUUUGUUUGUACAGAAGAAUAUCUUUAAUCAAUCUAAACAUUGUUUGUUUUUCUGCAAAUAUGUAUUUCUGUAAUAUAUUUUUUGUAAAUAUGUUGUUGUUUUUUUCACCUUUUUUUAAACAUGGCUGCUAUAUCAUGCUUUUUUUAACUUGCAUUUUAUUAGACUACCAUAUUUUUAUUUUUCAUGUUGCAAUAGCACAUUGGGCUUUGCCAUCCACAGCUAUCUAGAUGACGUUCCUGUGCCUCUGUAUGUUGCUUGUAAAUAACCUUAUGCCUACACUCUACUAAUAUCAUCACAAGUUACCUGUAUCAAUUGCAAUUUCGUUGCAGGAUGUUAUAGUAUAAAGUAUAUUAACAACUUUCCUGAACUAAUGUUUACAAUAACCAGAGUAAUAACCAUUUUCUCUAGAUUAUGCAUCCCCUUCUAUUCCCUAAACUUGACUUCCCUGCCCCAGAAGUGAUUUCUGUUUAAUAAUAGUGUAACCUUACUUAUUUGAUUUCUCAUGAUCCCCCUCCUUUUCUUCAUCUGAAAUCUUUGCCUUUACCUUGUAUGUUGCAUUGUGUGGAGUACUGACUCAGCCAACAUAUUUUUGUCUUCAUAGAACUUCUUGCUUUUAAUAUAGGAAAUAAAACACAAAAACCUAGACUGUACUCUAACUGUACAUACUGAAUUUAUGAUCUACUGUCUACUUGUCUUGCAAGCACGAUACAUAGAACAUUGAACAAUAGCUUUUAAAAUGGGACAUUGCUACUUUUCAGAGAUCUGAAAAUCUAUACAUAUCUCUUUUAUUUUGCCAUCCUUUCAGUCUUUUUCAGAUUCCACAAUUAUCAAGGUAAUAGUCUAAAAUAAAUAGAACACCAUACAAUAGAUGCUCUGUAAAGUCGGUUUUAAUAAACCAACUAGGGAUAAUCAGCCAUCUCUCUUAGAUAUGAUUAAUUGUACAGAGCCCUUCGUUUCUCAAGAGAUCAGCUUUGUGUAAAGGAUGAGCAGGAUUCUAAACUAGAAUGGCUAUUUUCAGUUCAAAAGAAUCCAUGUAUAGUCUUCACAAAGGAAAGUCUGCCAUCCAGGAUUGGAGUAUGUUGUCUAUUCAUGUAGCUAUGCUAGUAGUUGGAAUGAUAGAUGCUUGCUACUCGGUAAAACCUAAAUAGUUAAGUAUAACGGAUGUCUUGCAUAUUUGCUAUUCAGAUUCCCCAAACUUAAACUCAGGAGCUCAACUCAAUAAAGUCUUGCCAAGUGGCACUGUCAUAGGUAAUAGUCAAUGGAAGAUCAUAUAGCUCUUAAAAAAGUACGUAUAACUGGUGCUGAUUAUUUUAUAUUAACAGACUUUAUUUUAGAACGCAUAAAUGAAUGGAUUUCACUGCCAUAGGUUACCAUGAAUCCACUGCAACCACCAAGAUGUUAUGUGAGGAACUUUACUUAGUUGCUAAAGCAGCUCUGUUACUUUGUCUAAAAUUGUAUUUUAUAAAGAUAAAACAUUGCAACCCCAAAUAUCUUUUUACAAUGUAAUAAAAAGCAUGUUUUGUUAAUGUUCUGUGUUUUGUUUCAGUUUUAUUUACUUUUUUAAACUUUUCUUUUAUUAUCUAUAUAGUCGUGUACAAGGGAAUCCCUUUUGACCCCAAGUGGUGCAACUGAUCUCUUUCACCUAUUUGUCUGUCACUCCCAUAAUUUUCAUUUCCUCGCAUAUGACAAGAAUUUAAAUGUGUUUAUCUUUAUGAAAUACUCAUAUUGACUGUGUUAGAAUUUCCCUGAAAUUCCAGCGAGGUCAAACAUAUACUGAGAUAAAGUAGGGACUACCUUGUCUUAGUAUAUUCCCUAUGCUUGACAAAAGGCAGAGCUACAACCAUCACGUUUUGUCAUUUCCCUCAGCCGUCACUAAUGAAGGCUUUGGUUUGUAGAAAACAGGUUUGAUGGCCGACUGUAUCGUUUUUACCUAGAUAGGUCAUUUUUUUUGUUCUCUUAAUCAGAUCUAUCUUCUCCCACAUUUAGGUCAUGCACCUCACAACAUGAAAUUACUGUCCGUCCAGGUGUUAAUCCGACAUGGAGACCGCUACCCUUUAUAUGCCAUUCCUAAAACUAAAAGACCUGACAUUGAUUGUGUCCUGGAGCCAAGCAGGUACACUCUUUCAUUGUUGUUUAUUUUAUUUUAGUUGAAAUAUUGAAACUGAUGCCUAUACUUUACAUUGAAAAUAUUGUCAUGUGAUUUAAAUUAAUUUAUCAUACAUAUUGCUGAAUAAAUGGCCUCAUUGGAUUCAACAACCAAAUUAUGCUGGUAAAGACUUUUAGUUUGUUUAAUUAUUUGCUCCCAUCCCGGCAACUCGAGGAAAAUGAGACAAGCUUGUUAGAUUGCUCGGAAUGGUUGGCUUUCAAGAGAAGUAACAAUGGUAUGCCCACCUAUUGUCUUUAAUAAUCCCACACACAUAAAGUCAAGUCAUAUCAACCUCCUUCUAUUUUUUAUUUUACCUCUGGUAGGGGUUGGGGACACUAGGUUCCCCCCUUCUCCAUUUAUUAUGCCUAUGUGUGGGGCUUAGGUGGGCACCAGGUACCCCAUUUAUGAUGUUAAUAGACCCCAUCAGCACCACACAUGGGUAGGGGCCUGUGGGAACACUUGGUCCCUCCCUGUUUAUAUGUUAGUAGCCACCGCCCAUUUGAUGGGUCUGGGGAGAAUACUAGAUCCCCACCCUGUUUAUUAUAUUAAAAGCCCCCACUCGCCACCCUUGGGUGGGAACUGGACUAGACACUAUGAUGCCCUGCCUCCUCAUUUUAUUUAUUUAAGAUUGCCCCCAUAGUUUAUUAUUUUGUAAUGACACAGCCACUGGCUGUAAUGUGCUUUCGAUGCACAUUUUUUGGCGGUUUUAUUUCGAGCAGCCUAAAGCAUAUUUACCCAGCUGUGUCUGCCUUUUUUUCAGGUUAAAUAAAGCCCAGGUUAGUUCUGCCAUCUGUCUUCUUAAGCUAGAGUGACCUCAAACUAGGAGAAAAUUGAUUUCUUUCUCAAAGUAACACUUCAAGCACCAUAACAAUCUGUGCUGCUGAAGGAGGUUAUAGUGAAAGUAGAUCUCCCGUCAUUGUGUAUCUACACACCCGUUUCUGACUGUUGCAGCUGUAAGUCCAUCCUUUCACAUCACAGAAGAAAGUUUGUUUCCCCUGUCAACUGAAGUAUGUGCACAACGUUUGAUCACAUGCUUCCUCCAUAUCUCCUAAGACUGGGAAGUGUAAGACUGUGUUCGGUGAGGGUAAGACUGAAAUGGAAACCUGCUAUAGAUGCAAUUCACUACAUUUGUAUAACUUGCAGCUGUGAAAGAGGCCUAUAAUCCGAGUGCACACAUUCAUGCAUGACAGGCAACAAACCAGAUCUGCACAUCUGCGGAAUAAUACUGUCUGACUCUGUACAGAAAUACUCUAACAUACCUGUGGCCGCAAUAGGCUAUUCAAAACAGGUUCUUCAGGUAAACUGAAGUGGAGAAAGAAACAAACCCAAUUAGAUUGCAUAUUGACCCAAAAUUGAUACUAUCCCACCAGAUCUAGAGACAAAUAAAUAGAGAAGAACAUUCACUCAGCACUCGGUUCUGCUGAAAAUAGUAAAUCAAUAAUAGAUGGUCCAGUUUAACAUCAGAUCAAAGGUGUUCCUUUAUUUUAUACCCACUACGAACAGUUAAGGUUUUAACCUAGUACAAGGUUUUUAUCAGUAUUGGAUCUAGGACAAUUGGCAGAUUUGGCAACGUUACAGCUAUAUGUGAAAUAGCUGGAGCCACUGUUCCAUCUAUAAUUCAUUUCACAAAACUGUGAACAAAGUUCAAAGAAAGCUGAAGGCAUAUGCGGCGCAGCUGUUAAUGCGUCCAAGGCUGGGCAGAUUUGGACAGAUAUAUUGAAAGUGAAACGUAAUUUUUAUUUUAGCCUCUAAGACAGUUUGACAAAAUACAAGGCUUUAAUGCAAAAAUUUAUUAAUUAUUACACAUGCUGAGAAAUGUGAGUCAUUUUUCUUGAAUGAUGUUUUGAAGCAGCAAAUAUAAAUUACACAAUGUAAUUCACGCUGGAUUAACUGUAUUAAUGCAAGAAUUACUGUGUGUUUUUUUUUUUUUUGCAUUGAUACCAUCUUUCAGUAUUCCAGCAAGAAAGCUAAAAAUGGAACAACAGAAUCAAAGUCUCCUACGUGUCCCAACUCUUAUAGCUCACUUUCUAAAAAUCAAAAUUCUCAUUCUCUUUGAAGUGGUUUCUGUAUGAGCAGCAUUUCUCUUUUAAACAGUGCAUAUAUGGAGAUUUAUCUCCAGCAGAGUCACUGAGGUGUCAUCAGCCAACUUGGAGCAACUGUUUGCGACUGGCUAUAUCAAUGCUAUACAUUUUUAUAUGCUCAGAAUUGCAUUCAUUGGCUUAGAGUGGUCAGCUGAUUGCUCUCUGCCAAUAAAUGGAGAUGUCCUCGGCAUGUAGCUUCUGCAGCUCUGCAGAAGCCAAAUGUGACUCAUCAGAGGAGAAAGGACCCACUGUGCCUGGUUAGGACCCAGAUAAGAGGGCAAAUCAUUGCAAAAAUGUUUGCUCCAAUACUGAAUAGCUGGAACAGGGUACUACUCGCAUCAUAACCAGCCAACUGUAAGUUUAUUUUAUUUGGAAAUGUACUGUAUACAUCACACAAAACCAACUAACUGAAUGUAAUAAUUGUCAGACUUUUAACUUAAAAUAAUUAUAGAUUGCUUUUCUUCAUUCCACAAUGUGCUGUGUCAAAGUGGCCAUUCAAAAUUUAAUACUAAUGUAUGCAUCUUUACAUCAGGAAACCAUCCCAUCCACGUUUAACAGAUUUUAUUAGCCAUAUGUCAAGAGGAGCAGAAGGACAGAUGGACGGUAUUCUGAACGGCCUUCCUCGUUUUCCGAGCCAUUCAUUUUGUGAAAUGGGAGAACUUACUCAAACAGGUAUGUGGGCUAACGUCCCCUUAAACCAGUGGUGGUCAAAUGUAGACUUCUAAUGGUUAUUGAACCCAGGGGUGGAUCCAGAACAUAAUCUUAACAGGAGCACUGCCAGAUAUUGUGACAGUGCAUUGGAUAGAGAAACUGUGAUACCCAUGCAUUGUAUGUUGUGUAUUACAGAGCUCCACAGCAAUACUAACACACAGUCAUGUGCAUUGUUCAUGCGUGUGUCACAGAGCUCCACAGCAAUGAGCGGUGUGUUUUACUGCAGUGUCUUUUGGGGGUUUAUGUGCUUUGUUAUAUGCACAUACACAGCACUCAUAAGACAUAACUUGUUCACCCCUCACAUCUCUCCUCCUAUUAAUUUUUUGCUUCUUUUUCGAUGUUCAUCCCACUUUUUCAUCUAACUCUACAAUGCCACUCAUUCCAUGCCCGCCUAAUUCCAUUUUCCUGCUCCCCAUCGUAUUUCACCCUCCCACUCUUAUCCUUGUUCUGGUGUAUUGAAAUUGCUUGGGUGCUAUCUAUGCAAGUGAAAUAGACAAGUGAAAAACGGACGCACUCGCUAGAAUGUUAAAGGUGAAGGAAGGUGUUAAAGUUUAUUAUGCCAUAGGCAUUAUGUGAUACUUUCCGAUCAACAUUUUCCUUCUACUCUAUACAUUUGCUAGCAAAACUGCUAGUACGAUGUAUUGAUAUUAUCUUAUGUUCAAUCUAAUAAGCAUAAGUUGUUUGGGACAUGACAGGGCCCCUUUAAAAUGAAAUAGUGUAGUGCUAAUAUGCAUUAGUAGACUUUAGAGCCACAUGUUCGCUCUAUUAAUAGCUCAAUAGGUAGGGACUUAAAACUGUGUGAAAACAGAAUAUUUUAUUAGGCUGUUAGGAUUCGAUUUAGGUUAUUCUUAACUCGAUCAGGACAUAUGUCAAGUAGCUAGGUUUAUAUCUGUUCUAAAUUAAAAUGAGCAUAUUGCAGUUUCAAUCUGGGAUUGAGAGUAUGCAGAAAUUGAAGUGGAUCUGAAUAUAGAUAUGGCUCUUCAAACCCACCACUCAGAUUAGAAAGGAAAACUGAUCAUAUUCUUCUAAAUAUAUAUUUACUCCUUGGAGUUCCCUCUCAAACAAGUCUUUAAGGAUUUUAUAUUAUUCGUAACAGGAGGAUUAUCGCCACUUGGACACAAUUAAGUUAGUCCACAUGCUGUUUCCUGCCAUAUUAAUCAGAUAGAAAAUUAGUUUGAAAAUGGUAAUUCUACAAAUCUCUAACUUUUGCAGCAUUGAGAGAUGUGUUUUCAAGCAGCUUUGAAAGAUUUGAAACUGUUUGUUUUGCGUUAGUGGACUUUUUCUGUGUUUUUGUAUGGUGCACCAUCAAUUAGUAAUGCGUGUGUGUAGUGUUUUCAUUCUUGUUUUAUAUGUGAAAAUAUAUACCGGGUGAGCCAUGUAUUAUGGGAAGACAGUACCAAUUCUGUUACAUGAUAUAUUCUAUGUUUUUUUUGUUUUUUACUAAUAAAAUAGGUUAUUGAUAUUUUUGUUUGAUUUUGAUCUGCAACAGCUGGGGAGCUGUAAAUUGCUUUUUCUUUGUCACUUCAACUAGUAUGGAAUGCAAUUCUCUACCAUAGAAUUAUGCUAUGUGCUUCCCCCCAUUCUUUUCUUUUAUAUAUGCCUUGAUAUCCAUUGGAUCAGAAUAUCAUUCAAGUUUGAAACACUUUGAUAUACCCCCAAUUAGGGUAGUUGGCUACAUAUCCACCAUUUUUAAGCUCCACUCUUGAGGUUAAAAGCUUUUUGGGCUCUUUUCCACUUUUUUAUAUGCAUGUUUUUGGUGGAUAAGAGGGAUUCCCACUAGAGUGUUGUAGCGUUAUCAAUAGCAAUAGAUUCUCUGUAUUCUAAGCACCUUUAUCAAAUUUGUAUAUAUAUCUAGCAAUUCCUGAGGGACAGGAGGGAACAAAAUUAAAGGAGCACUCCGAGAACCAUAAGCACUACAGCUCUAUGCAUUGAUUAUGGAGCCAGGAGUGCCCAGCACCCCCCUUCCCCCAUUAUUUUGAAAUGGUUUUACUUGUUACCUGGGUUCUGCUGGAUUCCUUUCUUCUCCUCCACUAUUAUCAAUUGAGAACUGGAGGGUCCUAUUAAGCAGUAAUUUCCAUUAGCUCUCCUGAUUACUCUCAGCCAAUAACUAAACCCUUCAUUGCCCAAGUGCUCAGUCUCUAUGGCACUAAUAGAGGAGGUGGAGAGCAGGCUGUAGUGGUUAUGGUGCUUUGAGUGUACUUUUAAAGAAUGAAACAAAAAAAAUCUAAUUGUCUAGAAAUCAAGGAGCAAUUGCAGGACAAAUGAUCUUAAACAAAAUUUGAAUACAGUAUCCCAUGGGAUAUAAAUAAUAAUUACCAGUAUAUGAUAUCCAUGUGUGUGUAUAUAGUGUGUAUACAUAUCUAGUAUGUAUAUAUAUUAUAUAUUAAGAAAAAGAAAGAAAGCCCCAUGGCUAGUGGAUUUCAGACCAUGGAUCCCACUUCCCUACUCUCUUAAAAAGGAUCCCCAAUGUUGUUUGGAUGCUGUAGGUUAUAGUAACUGUGCCACAGGGGUGAUAUCUAUCAUUCACAGUCGCCACCAUUGAAAUCAUGUACUUUAUAAUUACAAGUUUAUCUAUAAAUUGUGAUAGAAAAUUGCUAGCAAAUGUAUUUAUAAAAUGUUUCAUUUCAUUCCCCCUCCCCCCCAUAGCAGUAGAGACUAGUGAAUUUAAGGAUUCCAUAUGCAACUGUGCAAGGCAUCCUUGGAUUCCUAAUGUGUACCCAAGCAGCUAUCCUCUGCGAGAUCCAUUUAGGGAUAGAGUGGCUGUGUGUUGCUGACAGUCCAAUCCCAGCUGUCGCAUUACAGAAGGUUUACCGGAGCGAGUAGCUUUUAGACCAGACUAAAGGCAUGUGUGUAUAUCUGUCUGUCGAUAUAGAGAGAUAUCUAUAAAUACAAUCUCUGCAUGUUUUUUAUUCACUGAUUAUUAAAAUAUAUAAUUUAUGUUUUAGGUGUUGUACAACAUUUACGUAACGGACAGCUACUAAGGGACAUAUACAUAAAGAAACACAAAUUGCUACCAAAGGAUUGGACUGCAAAGCAACUCUAUUUGGAAUCCACUGGAAAAAGCCGAACAUUGCAAAGUGGGCUGGCCCUUCUCUAUAGCUUUUUGCCCGAGUUUGACUGGCGCAAGAUUAACUUUAAACACCAAUGGAGUACCAUAUUUUGUUCUGGCCACUGUGACUGCCCAAUGAGGAAUCACUUUCUCGAAGAGGAGCAGCGUCGCCAAUAUAGUUUCCGGGUUAAGAACAUCAACCUGGAGAAGACUUACAUUAGUAUGGCAAAGGUAGUUGGUGUACCCACCAGGCAGUUGAGAGCUUCUAACCCUAUUGACUCAUUACUUUGUCAUUUUUGCCACAAUGUUAGUUUCCCUUGUACCAAAAAUGGUUGCAUUGAUAUUGAGCACUUUAAGGUUAUAAAAUCUCACCAGAUAGAGGAUGAAAAAGAGCGACAUGAAAAGCAGUUAUAUGUUAAGUACGCUAAGCUUGCCACUCAUCCCCUCUUGAAUCAGACUGUCAAUAGAAUGUAUCGAAUUGCACAAGGCAAAAAAGAAGAAAUUUUUGCUUUAUACUCCGCUCAUGACGUGACUCUCUCACCAGUUCUCAGCUCCAUGGGUCUCACUGAAGCCAGAUUCCCCCGGUUCGCUGCUAGGUUGGUCUUUGAACUGUGGCAUAACCCCGAGAAGAAAAAAGAGCAUUAUGUUCGAAUCCUUUACAAUGGGGAGGAUGUCACUUUUCAGACCUCUUUUUGUCGAGACCAUGAAAGGCGUUCCAACCAGCCUCUAUGUCCCCUUGAUAAAUUUGCCAAUUUUGUACAAAAAGAAAUGUUUUUAGCUCUUAAUAGCACUAGUUAUUAUGAUGCAUGUCAUCAAAGAUCAGUUUAAGGGAAGUCACAGUAGAGCAGGUUGGACUUACCAUAUUCAAAACGGUACAGAAGAAAUAAUAUACCACAACAAGUGACUUAUUUUUUUGUUUCAUUAUUGGCACUGUGUAGACAGCACAGAACUCCAUGAGACUGGCACAUUUUUUCACGUGUCAGUUGUGUAGAUGAAUUAAUGGUAUCGACAAAUUGCUGCUCAGAGAGACAGUACAAUGUUAAAAAGGAACUCUAUUAAGGGAUUAUCCUUUAUAGUGUAUAUAUAUAUAAUAUAACCAGUUCGUGUUGAGGCAUCAACUAGUGGUUAACUGUAUAUGUUCUUAUUUCUGACUCUAACAGACAACGCAGAUUAUAGUUUAAAGGUAUUGCAAAGCAAGGUUCAAUUUAUCACCUCCCAGAGAUAAGACAGAUGUUCUUUACUGGAAGAUGCAUUUAAUGUGUCUGUACACUGGCUAAUACUUGUUGAGGGAUGGUCACAUUGCAACCAAACCUUCAACUCCCUGACGGUCUAGAUGAGAGCAGGUCAACUGUACCCUUGGACAUCAUAUGCCUCUCUUCUCUGCUACCUUCUCGUACAAUCUGGUCUGAUACAAAUAUGUAUCCCCUCAGUAGCAUAUAACACACUGGGAGGACGCUGUCAAUCAGGAAUGUGGUGCCGAAAACCACAGAUUUCUUGCUCCCGUGCUUCAUCACCAAGGAAUGACAAGGUUAUCUCUCCGUCUCUGCAGUGAGAAAGAGAGGGGUGCAAGGAGGUGGGACAAGGAAUCUGAAAAAUAUUCUCAGAGCCCCCAACACCCUACUUCUCUCAUUACUGUUUAUGUAGUAGUAAUGUGAGCUUGGUGGGAAAGAAUGGUACAUCAGAGCUUUACCCGUCAGAAACAACACUGUAUACAAAAGUUUUAAAUUUCUAUAGAACCAGCAUCGAUAAACCUAAAACAACUUUUAUCUUUGAUAAUACCAGGUAGCUGGCACUACUCUAGAAAACUAUUUGGUGCUCAGAAACAUAGCUAAUAGUUUGUUGACUUAAGUGUGUUUCAUCUUAGAUCCACUUUUUUACCAUCUACUGUCAAUUAAACUUUGUGACAAUUAAUAUCGAGACAUUCUAUGCCAGCACAUUGUUUUGGUACUCCCUGUUUAGAACUGUUCAUUGCAGUGAAAAUGGUAAAUAACAUUACCACUUGCUGUUCUUAAACCAUAUGUUUUGUAUUGUGUGUCAUUGAAAUAUACAAUUUAUCACAGACAUUAACACUGAGAUCUGAAAAUGAAGAGUAUUUUUAUAAACUACCCAUUUAUUGUUCUGUGUUCACCAGUGAAUAGCAAUGGGUAGCACGAACCGAACAGACCUUUUCUAAUAAACCUUAAAGAAAUAUGUGACUCAAACAUUUUAUAAUCCGAAUAAGCCGUCAAAGUCUUCCCACAGUUGUUCGUUUUGGUGUAUGCAGCUAUAAACUUCUGAUAUCUUUAUAAAAUGAACAACAUAAAACAUUUAAGAAAGUUCCAUCUAGAGAGUUUAUCAAACGUAUUGCGUUUACUGUCAGUUCAAGGUAAUUAGUGUAAUAAUAUUGAGUGAUACAUACAGUCCACUUUUGUUUGCUGUGGACUGCAGUAGGGUCUCUGCUCACUGUUAAAGAGACAAUUCACUCUACCUGAAUUACUUAAUGGUUAUUCCCUCUCAUUGGAGCAGAAUGUUUUCAUGGACUAAAAUUUCGAGCAUUGAUACCCAUGGUUUCUUUUUGAAACUAGUUAGAACAAAAGAAUUAAAUUCCAAAAGUGUUUGUGUUUUACCUUUGAGGUUUAAUCGGGUAGAAGGAUAGAAUUUGUGUUUGCUAGGAUUCAGUCUUAAGAGUAUGCAGAGUCUAGUUAGUUGUUAGUGUCCAUUGUUUAGGGUUAGUGGGAGUAAGGGCUUAUCUGUUAAGGUGAAGGGAUCAGGUCUGGUUCAUGUCAGUGGAGCUUCAUUUUUAUUCUUAUAAAUUUAUCCAAAUAUAUCAGAAAUUUGUAACUACCCACAGCCAAAAGCUCACAAUAGGAGACACUACACAUGUGGUGAAGAUAAAUAUCAUACACAUAACCUGUAUUUUGUAUAUUAUUUGCCUUUAAAAGAUUGCUGCUGGUCAAAUGAGUACAAAUGAAGGUACUAUUUGGAGUGUACUUACUAACUAGGAAUUGUGGAGAAUUAACAAAUGAAAAUAGCCGACCUGGAAGCAAUAGUUUAAUAUGUUUUCAAAAUGCAUUUUAGCCAUAAAUUUCCAAUUCCCAUGUCGAUUGUCUACUUUUCCUAGUUUAGUAAAUAAGCCUCUUUGUAAAUACGUCCACUGUCUCUUUUCUGGCUACGAGUCUAGGACAAUUCUCAUAGCUGUGAAUUUAUAUUCGGUGUCUCCAUGGAUAUUGUAGUAGGAUAUUAUGUGAACCUUUUUGUAACCGUAUCGUCAAAUACUUGGCUACUGUAUUCUGGACAUUGCUUGAACAAAAAAUAUAACAUUACAGGACAAUGUUUUCUUAUGUUUUGACAAUUUUUGUUAACUUGUGUAUUCUCUGUGUGCACAUGUACUGUUUGUAUAUUUGUUUUACUCGCUAACUGUUUUUCUGCAGUAGGUCUACUUAUUCAAUCCGCUUCAAGCAGUGCAAAUUAGGUAUAAGCUACCUGCCCUAACUGGGCAUUGUCAGGAGUAGUUGUAUGACAGCUUCUGUUCCACUUGCCCCUGUGUACCGAUUGCCCCUUCAGAUGCAAAGAGCUGUAUAAAUGUAUAUGACAAGCCUGCAUUAACAUCAUUGCUAACCUGAAUAGUGUUUUUUCUUUUUCUUUUAUGCAAACCCCUUUAAGGAGAAAUCUAAUCCCACUAGUUUAAGUGAUCUUAAUAGUAUAUGAAAUGUAUAGAAAACCUCUGGCACCUCAGAUCUAGUGUUGAUUUCUUGUUCGUUAUAUAAUCUCUUGUAAAAACGCACUCACAUUGCCCAAAGAGAUCUGCUUGGCAAGGUAAUAAGUUAUGAGCUAUGCUGACAGUGUGUACAGGAAGUUCAUUAUAGAUCUAACACACUGUCUAUUCUUACUGAUUGUGUAACCCUAACUUUACCUGCCCUUCUGAGCAGAGCUCUGUGGACAAUGCAUGUACAUGUUUCUAGGAAAUCAACUAACUAGUCUCUGUGAUUAGUUAGCUCAUCUGAAUUUGACACUAGCAACCUACAAUUCUCGUCAUCUGUAAAGAAUAUUCACAUCAUUAGCUUAGCUUUACAUGCUAUUGUCUAAUCACAGGGUAUAUGUCUUUAGGUACAAGUAACUGAUGUCAUUUUGGAUGAUUUUUACAUUCUAAUGUACAACACAAUAUGACUCUUGAAUGUGAUUCAAUUUAUAUCUGCCAUUAAACUCUCUGCCAGCAGAGGGCAGUGUAUGCACAUUAUCGUGCUGCCUAUCUCAGUUCAUACCUAUGCUAAAUAGUAGGUGUGAGUGGUGUUUGUGGUAUGCAGUCACGGUGCUGUAUAAUAAUUUAAAUAGUUGGUUAAUCAGAUUUGUGAUUCCGAAAAGUUCCUCUUCUCAGGGAUGGAUCGAGUUGCAAAUGACACAAACAGAAAUAUUUACUAUAAUUUUCCUUUGUGUUUUGCCCUUCAAAACUCAGGAUAGGUUACUUUAUAGCCAGUAUCAACUUUAUAGGCACCCAGACCACUUCAUCUCAUUGAAACGGUCUGGAUGCACUGUCCCUGUCCCCUUAACCCUGCAAUUUUUACAUUGCAGUGCUAAGACCAGACUACCACUAGAGGUGCUUCUGCUGUUUCAUGGAGCUUCUGCUGUUUGUUUGUCGUCCAGCAUCUUCAAAUCCUCAAUAGGAAAGCACUGAUUCAAUUCUGGUGACCUCUCCUCCCCCGCCAACGUCAGCUCCCCUGUCCGACGUUAGCGGAGCCAAAUGCGCAUUGGCGCCAAGUGUCCAUAGGAAAGCAUUUCUCAAUGCUUUCCUAUGGACGCUUUGCGCGAUGGAGGCAAAAUGUGCCUCCAGCGUCGCAGAUGCGCUUCUAGUGGCUGUCCGGAAGACAGCCACUAGAGGCUGGCUUAACCCCAAAUGUAAACAUAGCAGUUUCUCUGAAACUGCUAUGCUUGCAUCUAAAGGGUUAAAACCUGAGGGACCUGGCACCCAGACCACUUCAUUUAGCUUAAGUGGUCUGGGUGACUAUAGUGUCCCUUUAAAUGAAACCCUCGUAGGAAAUUGCAUUGGGUCUCAUGCCGUAUAUGCUCCCAGUAGUAAGAUAAUAUAUUUUUUUUAUGCCCAACACCGUAACUCAACUUUCUUAGCUCGUUAUUUCAUUCGGGGAAGCAUCCUUUAUUGCCUUAUUAUUAUUAUAACAUUUUAAUAAAUGAAUGUCUUUUUAAUACAAAAAUAUUAAAUGCAUUAAAUAAGCCAAAUUACUUCUUAACACUAGAAUGUCCCUUUAAGACAUUUUAUGACCCUUUAAUUUAUUUAAGGAUGUGCAAUUAUGGUAUUUUAGAUCACUACAUUGCUGAACCUGCUGGUACUGAAGGAUUAUACACCUUCCCAAAGACAUAUUAAUUAAAUCUUGAUUAUAUGUUAUUGGUACUUAAAAAUAUAACAUGCAAUCAAGAUCAUUGUAUGACAUUUUUGGUGAUUUUAUUAAUUUUCAUUUGAUGUUUUAGUAAGUUUUACAAUAAACCAAGAACAACAAAAGCAUAUGCACAUAAACCUGCGUUGUUUUUUUUUGUUGUUGUUGUUUUUUUUUUUGUUUUUUUUUAAUUGUAUAAAAUUAGUUGUAAAAAAAAUGAACCCUUCUUUAAAAAUCUUUAUACUGGCGUUUUUCCAUCAUUGUUUUCGCUCUGGCUUAAAGUGUCUUUUUAUUUGUCUAAUCUUGUUAACACACCAUUACUUUGUUUGGCAUGUUGCUUGUAUUUGCUAUUGUUCUAUGUCGUUAUCAUUAAAGGACACUCUGUGCAAGGGAUCUCGGAGUGCCACUCCCCAUUUAUUUGUGAAACACAGCAAAAACACUUUUAGAUAAUAUGAAGUUUUUCUUUCUUAUUGUUACAAAGCCUCUUGAACAGCAAUGAAAGUCACUCAUUAAGAAUAUUUGCAUCGUAAAGCAACAAGAAACUGUUUGUUACGGUGUUUAAAAUGCCCCUUUAACAACAAUUACAAGUUACAAUUUACUCUGCCAUUUGGGAAUCUGAGACUAGAAUUUGUAUAUUUGUAUUGUAUUACUUCUGCAACAUGCCUAUUUGUAUAUAACCUCUAUUGGUUUAAUAUGUGACCCUCCAAUGAUAAAUUAAAGUGACACUUAACAUUUUAUUUUUACAUUUGCUCUCCAGUCUCUGUCUUCCUUACAAGUAAGACAGACUAGUUUAUCCAUGUAAACCCUAGAGCGGACCCGAACUAGCAGAGAUGGAUUAAGACCCCACAGGCCUCCAGACAGAUUAGGAGUUUGUGCCCACUGUCAAUCUUUUUAAGGACAGUGAACGGGAACAAGCUUGAUAAUAUCAUGGCCAAUGGCAAUGAUCGGCCGGCCUGCUACAACAACAGGCUUGGACUCACACAAUCUUGGUACUCACUGACAAGCAUGCCAUCAACCUGUUUGUUUAAAUCUGCUGCAGCCGGGUAGCCUAGGCCCAUUUCUAAUCCCUGGGCCCUAGACUGCCACCUUGGGUCACAUUAGGGUUAAUCCAGCUAGGCUAACUAGGUUCCUUUGUAUCAAACUAGAAAACACAGAUUGGGGAAAUAAAUAUAGUUUAUUUCCCACAAAAUGCUUUAAACUUUCAUUUAAUAUUGGUGCUCGCAUCAUUUUACCUAUAAGUACCUGUUUUGUUAUUUUUAUACUUGGAAACUGCUGUAUCCAAACAUUGGAAUUACAACUGGGAAUAGCAAGUCCCAAUUCAUUGCUCUCACCCUAUAUCUGUAACAUCUACUACUGAGUAUCUCUCACUACAGUAGCAGUGAUAACAAAACACAGUUCCUAACAGAUUUACCUUGUGACUAGAGUUGAUGACUGGUGAGGGCAGGGGUAGGCAACCUUAGGCAUUCCAGAUGUUGUGGACUAAAUCUUCUCUGAUACUUUGCCAGCAUUGCAGGCCUCCCAAUAGUCCCAAUUUCAGCUGGACAGUCACUUUUUUUUUUUUUUAGGUUCUUUCCGGCCACAGUCCCAUGGUGCCCCUCAAUUUAGGACACCAGGGAACUGUCCACAACAAUCAUAGCGUGAACGCAUGGCUUGUGCUAUGAUCAGAGCACUGAAACAGUGCUCCCUGCAGGGUCAGGCCUCAGUGGGCCGACUAAAAUGAUGAACAGGUAGCUUGGUGUAUGUUGUCAUGUGGACGGACACACUAGGUGGUCCACCCCUUUUUUGUGCAUGUCUGCCCGCUUUUGGGCAGUCAGUGAUGCAAUCGCAUCAUUGGCACUCCCCCUUUACCCACUUGCCACUGUUGUCCCGGCUCUGGGACUGCCAGUGGUAGGAGGUAUGGCAUUGUGGCUGUAAGAGCAUUAUGGGAGAUGUAGUUAAUAACAUAUAGAUUACUAAAGGAUGCCUACCCCUGGGCUGGGGGCUGCACUGGCCGUUAAUUCAAUUAUGAAGCCAAUAAGCAACAGUAUGGGGUUAUUCACUAACCUUUGAUCUUUUAGAAAAUCUAAGUGCAUUUUUAAUUUUAAGCCAACAUAAUGAAAAUUAAAACAGGACAAGUGGCCCAUCUAUCCGACUGCAAGUAUAACAAAGAGUUUAGUGUCAUGCUAGCUUUAUCAGGGUUUUCCUUUGCAGUACUGUACUACUGAUUUGCUCGUAGAACAGCAUUACUUGAUUCUCCUUUUCUGACUUUAUUAUGCAAUAUUCAGUAUAAUGGUGGGAAGCAAUUCGAAGAUUGCCUGAAGAGUUUAAAUGGGCUUCAACAUGUUUCUUUUUUUUUACGAUUUAUUUUUACAUUUGUAUUCUUUUCGACCAAUAAAAAGAAGAGCUGUUUGGAAAA